AUGGGGUGCUGUAGUGGCAGGUGCACCUUGGCCUUCAUAUGUGGCAUGCAGCUGGUAAGUGUUAGGAUUACUUUUGAUCCAGUUCAAGGGUGGGUGAAAUGGUUUCUUAAAAGUUUGGAAGAGUUUAACUUAAACAAGUCAUCAGAAAACACAUCAUUACUUGAGUGACAAGAAAUGAGUGGAUAGGUGGAUGUAAAGAUGCAGGCAAAAGAUGGAUGACUUUUAGUUCUCACAACAGAAGGUGAUUGGUGUGCAAAGGUCAUGAUACGAGAUAAGCUCUGGUUUGAGGGGCAGACUGACAAAAAUGCUUGUUGACAGGAUGAAUGGAUAUUUAUGGGGACUUUAAGAGUCCAACAAGCACUGAUGGAUAAGUGGAGGUUGGGAGUGACAUAUUGAGGCAGUGGAGCUAAAGGAAGGAUGGAUGAAUGUCUGUCUGGAAGGAUGGCAUGGAUAUAUGGUAGAGGCAGGUAUGGGUAAAAUGUACUGAUGAGGGGAUGGAGGGAACAGCUGCUGCUUUGCUUCUGUGUCUUUCUGCCUUUGUAUCACACCCUCCCAUCAUCUCUGUUUGUGUCAAUGGGAUCCAGUGCCAGACAAGACAAUGGGGAGAGAGGGAGGCGUGUAUGUGUGAGUAUGCUUGAGUAUGCGUGAGUCGGAACAUUGGCGACGCCAGUUUAUAAAACUCUGAUGUACUGUAGAACCCUGAAAUGAGAUGGGUUAAGGUGAGUCAGGUGGUCUAUAUUUACCAUAAAAAAAUGGCUAAAUGUUGCCUUACCAUGUUUGAUGAAAACCUUCCUGUUUUACCUUCUGUUCAGACACAAAGAAAAGUUUUAUUGCUCUAUUUUUAUUUACUUAUCUUUUUUAUUUGAUGGGGGGCUUUUCUUUUGUAAGCCUUGCAAAGUAAAUGUUUCUGCUUGUACAUUAGAGCUGGCUUGUACCCCCCCAGCCACCCCCUGCUGUGCCUUAGUAGCCGAUUUUUAUUAAAAUAUACAGUAAAAGACAUACAAUAUUACAGUCAGUGGAUAAACUCAAUUGUAGACAUCAUUUAAAAUAAACACAAAAUGCUUGUUAACUAAUAAAAGAAUGAGCGCUCAGUGAGCUCACCACCUUCCACCUUAGUGCUUUUGCCCUCCUGAUAAGUACAAGCCUAUAAGAUGGUCCAAAGUGACCAUUGGAACCCCACUGUACUGUCACUAGGGAUAGAUACUGACCAAAUUCCAUCAGUGCCACCAAGUACCAAAUUACAUAAAGUUAAAAACAUGUUUUGGAUCCUAAACGUAUCCUUGUGACUGUGAGGGAGUGGAAGAGUUGGCAAUUUUCAAUGUGGGACAUAAACACAGCAUUGCACAAGGAUGGAAGAUAACAAUAAAUGUAGUUCUGGUAUUGGUUCAAAUGUGAAAGGUAUCCAUUCCUAAUUGCCACACACCUGGGUGCCAUUCAUACAGGGUGUUGGCAUUGACAGCGUUGAUCCUACCUACCCUGCUAUUUAGGUGUUACGGACACCAACCAUACCCAAACUCUGAAACUAAAGGGUCAGCAAGAGCAAAAACAUGGUUUCCUGCAUGGUUUCCCCCAACCCACAUUAAAAAAAGAAUAAAGGGUGAGAAGCACAUCUGGGCCAGAGCUCCCCCACUAUGGGCUAGGGUGUCCAUCCCUCUUUUUUCUUAAGCAAAAAAAGAAGUAAAAAAAAUACAGGGAUGAGAGAUGUUACAAGAGGACUGAAAAGGCAGAGCCAGGGUGGGAGGUUAAAGAAAAAAGGUCAAAAGGCUACAAUUAGUGUGAAUAUUAGACUGAAACAAUAUAAAAUACCACAAUUUUUCACGUAUAUAUGGGUCUUUUGCACAAUAGUUUGCCCACAGUCAAUGACCAAAAGAGAAAUGGGCUCAAGCCCCAGGGCUCAUCCUUCCCAGCCCCUAUAAAACAUGAUAUAUCUCAGAUCAUCAGUGAUACAAAACAAUGCCCAUAAAAGCUGUAAAAGUAAAACCAGACAAUUGUGCUGUGGGAAGGAAAACCAAAACAAGGAGAUGAAAGGUGCUAAAACACUCACUAGCGCAUGAGAGUACCACAGAGGUGUGUUAAAAAUCUGUGAGAGUUUGCCAGAAAAUGAUUAAUGAGGUUUCCUAUUACAAGUUGUCAAACAGCUGUUGCUUUUUACUUGGAGUUCUGUCAUCUCAUAGCACCUCCUGUAACCAAAGGGGCAUUAUAACCAUAGACUGUAUAAACUAUGGACAACUUGGUUCCACCUACCGCCUGUAUACGGAUUUGAAGCCAAAUAGCUCUCGGUAUUUCCGGGAUUUUCCUUCAUUUCCUGAAACCAGCGCUGCGCAGUAGCAAUGCGCACAUUCAGCCGCGCAGUCACAGAGAUCGCUGUGAUGACGCUCUGCUCAAUAGAAUCAUAGAAAACAUAACCCCCCUAUUAACUUUCAAAAACAGAGCUUCACAGAAAAAAGAGGACUUGAGCACAAACCAGUCUUACAAUAACUACAUGUCAACAUCACAAGCAGGGAGGAGAAAAAAUUAUGUUCUGUGUAAUAAAUUUCUUAAGUUUGUCCACAGCUCCAUAAGCUUUGCUGGCGGAGGUGGGAUUUAUGACCUGUACUGCAGCCCAUCAACAGAGGGUGCUGUUCUUGGAGUGGCUUCACCCAGCGAGAAGGCAGACUCUGUCCAUUCUAUAUACAGUCUUUGAUUAUAACUCAACACAUUGCCACACACAUCUUCUCCAAAAAAGAGAGGAAAAAUAUCGGCUGGGAUCUCUGAGGGAUAGGAUGAGAAAUGAUGGAAUAAGAGUCUUCAAGAGAGGCAGAGAGAUUUAGGCAAAUGUCAUGUGUGCAAAGUAAUUGAUGCUAACGGUCCUUACACACCGGGGCCGAUGCGAAUAUGGAACACGAAAUAUUUGGAGGAGAAUUUUGAUGCACCUGACUAUACACAUCAAGCCCAAUGUGAUUUUGCGACUUUCCGGGGGAAAAAAAACGCAUCCCGGGUGGAAGCAAGAUGACUGAGACAACAGCAGACUGAGUGUUUUUCAGUUCUGAUUAGACAGUGUUGAGAUGGCUGUCUGUCAUGGCUACUGAGUCGGGGCCAGUAGCAGAUAAGCACAUUAAACUAUAAUCCAUGAACGUAAGGUAACAACCGAGACCUAACGGUGCUGUGACAGCAACACGAUUGAGUUUGAGACAGUGAAAAUACAUAUGGUAUGUUGUAUCUGAACAGGUUAGCUUACGAGCUAAAGUUACUUAGCACAGACAAAAGUUAAAACAAAGACGUUUAGCAAACUGUUAAAGCACACAAACUAUCGUCACAUUAGAAAUCCAACGCUAUGACUCUCCACAAGUUGUCCUUCAGGUCCUUAUCUUUGUAAUGUUUGUGUCUUUUAUCAAAAAGCUCUCUGUUCUCCGACACGUAAACAAUUAGCCGGUCGGCCAUGUUGGAUAUACUGGUGAAUCAGACGUCACAACAGCACGCAAUCUGAUUGGUCAGAACUGGACACACAGUAUACGAAACUUUAGAAAAAUGGACCACGAUCCGAAAAAAAAAUGCCACAAUAGGAAAACGUCACUGAUGUGAACGCUUGUAUUGACAGGAUACGGGUUCAAAAAAAAAAAUGGCGUCCGAAAUAAUCGCAUGACAAAAACAGUCCCGGUAUGAAAGGACCUUAACUACAAACUAAAUUCUGCUUGUCUUUAAGACAGAUUUAUGAUGUGCAAUGUGAGGUCUUUGUAUGCAUUGGAACUGAGGAUGCACUGUGAUGUAGAAUGGGACAUUGUUUGCCUGCCUUUGCACAGAUGCAUAAACAUGAAAAUAAGUGCCUGUGCCGUAGCAUUCUCAGCUCAUGGAAUCACUUACAGUAGGCUUGUGUCGACUGAAGACCCAUUGUCAUGUUGAAUGAGAUGCUGUUACCGACCUGAUCCCACGUGUUCAUGUGUUGUGCUCUGUAAGAAAAGGGCGCAACAUGGGAAAAUAACCCCAAUUUGUCAUAGGAUAUUAAUGCGUGACCAUUGCUGUGUGACUGGAUGGUUGUCAAAGCUGUAUUGAGUUAUGAAAUUGCACAUUGGAACACAAAAUUAACAACAGAGCAUGCCAAUUAGAUUGCCACAUGUGCUGUACAUACAUGAAACACGCCAUUGUGCCGUAAACAAGGAUGUUGAGAGCUUCCAGAGGGAGAGUGUGAGAGUUUGUGUGUGUGCUUGUGAAUGAGAUGCUGUCACAGUGAUAGUCAUUGUGUCUAAUGCGGUGGAACUAAUGCUAUGCCUCAGUCAACAACAUGUUUUGCUCUGCUAACUGUUGUAAUAGCUCAGCCAGCUGAUACCACCACUAGCAGAGCUUGAGGACCAACACUGCUGUACAUGUUACUGUUUGGCUGUGCACAGUUAGCUCCGUCUUCGUUAGACAAAAUGUUGGGGGGAAAAAAAGGUUCUCCAUGGGGUGUUAAGAUAAAGACAAUAAAAUAGACCUUUAAGUGGGAGCUACCCACAGGAAACCUCACUGCCCACAAUCCUCUCUGCUCAAAGCAACGUAAUUGACCACAAAUUAAAAGACAGCCCCUUCUCACAGCAAGCCUCUCAGCUGCUAACCCCCCGUAGGAGCUAAUUGCAUCUGCUAUGUGAGCCUCCAACUAAUAGUUGACCUCUUGGCAGAGUGGGAAAACAAUGCUGUUGGUGGUCAGCGUGUCUGAUGUAGUGGAACUGAUGUCUUUUGUUACUCUUUACAGCAGUUUUAUCUUCUGCUUCAUUAGCUAGGUUAAUUGGUAAGAUCAGUGAUGUCACUUUAUCCAAGAAGAGAUCAAUGAGCUGCUGAAGAUAUGUCUACUUUACAGAUGAGUUCACUGGGUGUCAGGUGCGAUCAGUCCCCCUAGGUUAAGUUCUGCCAGAGUGUGAUCCAAAUAGGAGUAGAUGUAGCGUGUGUUCUUGUGCACUCACGGUGUUAGUCACCUUUAUGGUCGGCAUUUCCUUUUUAAAUAUCUGAGGAUAAUAUAAGGAUACGAGCUUCCCAUGACCUUCGAGGUAAUAUACCUGGUAAUAUAACAGAUACUUAGUUGAAAUUCCUGCAGCAUCAAAGAAGGCAAUUACAAGGAACUGUUGUAAUGAGAACCCUCCCAAUCAGAAAAACUGGCGGGAAGAAAUCGACAAUAUGGAGAAAUUUACUCACACUUUAUUGCUCCAGUAAAAAACAAACACCCAAAAGUGGGAAAAAUGGAACAAAUAUAAAUCUGUUAACAGCAUAUAAAAAAUGACAACUUUUUAAUGUGCUCCUUGUGAAAAAAAGUCUUAGUGUCAAGCCCUGAUAUGACAGAGUGCAAGCACCAUAUAAAAAAGUAACAAUUUUAGGAAUAAAGUUGUAAAUAUUGUGAGAAUGAAGUCAUUACAAUGACCUAGCAUUAUGAGAUUAAAGUGGUAUUAUCAAGAGAAUGAAGUCAUAGUAAAGUUAUGAGUUAUAUGGCCCCAUAACUCUGCCUCAGUGUUUGAAUAACUUAACCAACUUUUGAGUCACUUUAUUCUCUACAAUCACUGCAUCUCUCUAUCUGUAAUUUCCCUUGUGCUGUUGCUGUGAGUGACGGUUGGCUUUGGUCCUAAGGGGUCCACUCACUGUGGAGACAAAUUACAAUGUGCAAAUAAAUGCAAAUAUUAUCAUUCAAAAGUACGACCUGAUGUAUGAUGCAACCCUUUAAAGAUGUACUCCAAGCUUAGCUUUAUUUUGGCUGUUUCACUUUCUGGAGUCUGGCUGUCAUUUUGAGGUUGCCAGGCAACAAACGGAGAAUCCUAUGAGGCUUUCAAACAGCAACAGUAAUAUUAUACUACAGUACUGAGAGGAACAUAAAACACAUGCAAACUGUAAAGUGUGUCAUAGAGUACUGUACACAGAACAGAGAGAAAGCUCAUAGAGUCAGAUCGUGCAAAAACAAAACAGAGCUAAAAGGUCAUAGCAAAUCAGAUGGUGUUACACACACAAACACACACACACAAAUGCACACAUGCACUCUCACAUGGAUACACAUAUGCCACCGGUGACUCACUUUCUGUGAUGAUGGUUGAGGUCCCUGUUGCUAUAUCAGUCUACACACCCACCAGCUGCUGUCACAAAGAUGAUGACUAAAUCAUCCAAUGGCGUGAUCUGUAACGAGAUGGCUUCACGUUAUUGGCUGGUUCAGCAGAGCGUGUGUGCAGACAGUUGAAGGGUGUUCAUUUUGGUGGGACAUUAAUUAUGUUGCCGGUGGGCCAUCUAAAUGAAUAGUACAGAGAACAAUCAAAGCUUUGUGAUUGAGUGUUGGUCAUGACUACAGUGACAUGAUAAUUAAUGAACUUGUAAAAUACAUACACAGUUGACCCUUCAAAAUAAAAGUUAAUUUUGGUUGGUAGUUUGGGAAACUGUCCUGAAAAAAAAUCUGAAUUCAGGGCUUGACGGCGUGUUGCUGUUCUCAAAAAAGGCUGUUUUCCUUCAUGUAACUUGACCAAUUGACUUAAAAUUGAUUUCAAAUAAUAGUACUUAUGUCGACCAAUAACACACACCUCUUCAUUUCCUUAAUUUGUCCUCAUACAUUUUUUUGUGUUAAAUUUAAAGGCAAAUUUUGAACAUUGGCUUCAAUAGCCUCCAUGUCAUUUGACUCAAAAGACCUGAAAUUGAUUUCAAAUAAUAGUUCUUAUGUCGACCAAUAAGAGAAAUAUUAUUUGAUCAGUUUUCAUUGUGCUCCUAAAGUUCUUUGUGUGCUCCUUACUUUUUCAACUUAAGAGCGCAUGUGCUCCUUGUGGAAAAAGUUGAUGUCAAGACCUGGAAUUAUUUAAUCCAAACUGUUGAAAAUGCACAACAUUUUGUGUAUGUGCUGUAACAAGUUUGGACAAAUGGCCCACAGCUGCCAUAGGCUGUUUGAGACAAAGUGUUUGUCUGUCUUCGGCACUACAUUCUAGUGACAUUUCCACCAUGGAGGGAUGUGAUGAAUAAUUUACCAUUUGGAAGCUGUGACAUGAAUGCAGAAAUUGUUUCUCUGCAUGUGAGCUGAGUGUGUUACCUGAUUGCAAACCAUUGCUGAUGCAAUCAGCCAUACCCAGAGGCUAUUAUGGCAAGGAUGAAUUAAAAGGAAUACAGUUUAUUAAAGGUGAUGUUAAACUGUCCUUGGAAUCACCUAAAAGUUAUUUUGACCGUAAAUCUUAUCAAAAAAUAAUUUUAAAUCAAGUAGAAAACUCUGACUGGUGACUUGAGCUGAAAUAUUCCACUCAGAUGGGUUGCACACCAAAAGAUGCCAUCCAUUUAAAGCCCCACAUCACAGUUUUCUAGAUGCACUCUGCCCAAGUCCGGUUCACUUGUUGUCGUAUGGUUCUCAAAGUGGCUCAGACAUAUACAGGAUGUGCAUCAUGCUGUUGGUUUUUCAUCAAUUUGAAGCAAAUCCACUCUGCGGAUGCUUUGAUUGAAUAUGAACUGAUAUGAACUCCUGCUCUCUGCCUACAAGCAUAAUCUUCAGACCUCUGUCCUCAUCGCCACAUCUCAGUGAGAUAAAAAGGCUGUGCCGUCUUUUAUGUACAAACUCCGCUUUCAACAAGGACCACACACCACCUAGGCUUUUAGUUUAUGGAUUUACCAUCACUUUUGUUUUUCCUAGCCUCUAAUUUGUCAGUCCCUUCUCCCCUUGGUCUUCUUUUUUUUUUUUUUUUAUUCAUACACCUUCUCUAUCUCUGUGUGUCUUUUUAAGAUUUUCCUUGCUUUGUCUGCGUGUACUUUCUCUCUCAACCUUCUCUGAAAGGAGGAAUACAACCACUACAGCAAGGCCCUAUGACUUGACAGGCAAUUCAUUUAGUGUGUUUGAAUAGUCUGUGGACAAAACACACAUUCACCCGCUGGUUCUCAGGUAUUGUUACAUUGUUAAAGACCCGCUGGAUCAGUCCAAGCUGCAAUCUCAUUGUGAAGGUUGUUCUCUGUGAAAAGGGAGUAUUGUACUUUUUAUAUAUAAUAGUAAUCGGUAAAAUACUGUAUUUUCAGCAGUGACAUUUUACAUUUUUGAUUCUUAAAACAGUUAUUUCUUUUAAAAUCCCUAGAAAAUAUUGCAAUACAAAUUUUUUUUUAGCAUUGCUCCAUUACCAUUUAAAUUCAAUACAACGAUACAAAUGAUAAGUGAAGAAAUAAGAUUUUGCUAUUCUGGAAGCUGUGUGUGGGUUUAGUUGGUUGAAAUUACAAAUAGGGGGUCUCAAAAGGCCAGUACAUAAUCUAAGGAUGAAGUAAACUAAAUCAAUUUGUCAAAAAAAAAAAUAGAAAGAAACUGAAGGUUGCAGAGUGUAUUUUGUAAAUGCUUAUUUAGUUGCUGCAGUCUGUGUUUUAAUUUUGAAGGCGUUUCAGAAACAAGACAAAUACACCACCAGUGUAUGUCUGGGCAACAUUGCAUGACGUGAUAAAAUUGUGUGUCUAUGUUUAUUUCCACAAUUGUUGUGAAUGAAUAAGUUCAUUAUUUGCCUAUUUGAGUUGUGAGAUUUACACAUGAAUAAUUUUUAUUUCCCUUUUUGUACUGUAAAUGAAAUCUUAAGUGAUUGGGUUGUUGUCUUUUUUAUGAGAAUGGCUGACUGCUUUAUUUUCAUCCACCAGAGACUUUAUAAUUGUGUGAUAAAUUCUUACCCUCAGAAUUAUUGCUUUGCUUCAGCAGCCCUCCCUCCUCACUCACUAGUAACAUUAUUAUUGUUUACAUGCUGCUAGGCUAUAACGCUUUGUGCAGAGUGAAUGUAGCUAAAUAUUUAAGCCUGCAAGAAACAAAGUCUUUAUGAGACGUUCAAAAGAAAUGAUCCAACUGUGAAAACAGGGCACAGAAAGAAAAUGAAAACUAUGACUUAAUCUUACUUUUAUUUCUUUAAUGCUAAACCAGUGAGUCUUGUAGCUGAAUACCAAGAGUAUAAGACAUCAUGAGGCAAAGCAUGGCACUUUUGAAGUGGACCCAGACAAACUCCCCUUUUCUUUGGCAUUUCGUGUAGCCUACCAUGGCAGAAUGCCGACUAUCAAAAAGCAUAUUGACCAUGUUUUAUAUUGAUAUUGAGGGAAAUCAAUUUUCGAUAUAUUAUCGUUUUAUCGCCCAGCCUUACACAGAACUAGCUUAAAACUUGUGUAAACUCAGUAAACUUAACUUAAGACUUCCAGAUACUGUCCCUGUGAUAAUGAAUACAAGCCAGAAAACUAACAAGCGAGACGCCAAAAGUCUGAAAAAUGAAGAUACAAAAGUAGCUACCAAGCAGCUAAGACUAGCCAAAGCCAUGCUAUUGAAAAUCAAUGGGGAUGCUAGCAGUGAUUCAGAGAUGCUAACAGAGGUAAGGAAACCUCUACAAGAAAACAGGGUCUUUCCAGGACAUGAAAAGCCCUCUAAGUAGAGUGGAAUCAUCUAUUGGUGAGAUAAAGUAGCAGAUGGAGGGACUAGAUAAGAGACUGACAGAAAUGGAGGCCAGGGUGAGUGCUUCAGAAGAUAGAGACCUACAGCAGGAGAGAGGACUCAGCUACCUGUUGUAGAGAGAAGCUAACUUAUCAGCUAAAUGUGAUAACAGACUAUAUAACAACAACAUCAGGCUUUAUGGAGUACCAGAGAGCCGAAACAGAAUGACAUGGUAAUGUUUGUGUGUGACUUUGUGAAAGUUUUAGUAGACCAGCAUUAAGAAUUAGAUAUUAAAGUAGGGUGACCAUAUUCUGACUUUCAAAAAGGGGACACAACUACGUGGGGGCAGAGUCACGGAGUCACACAAAGUCUAUUUUGAGAGAUUUCGGGUCGGACAAAGUGUCUUUUAUGUGCUUCCAACUCUGUAAGUCCAUGCGACACAAAAUUUAAACUCUCGUACAAAACCGCAGACAUUUGAAGGAUUUCAUUAACUUCCCCAGACAAAGCCGGACAAGCCUGGACAGCCUUCCAAAAAGUGGCCAUGUCAGGGUAAAAGGAGACACAUGGUCACCCUAAUUAAAGAAGAGCGAGCACACAGAUUGAAAUCAAUUAAAUCAAUGUCAGAAAAAUAACAAUAUAUAUGUGUUUGCCUAAUAUAAAUAGUCCUGAUUAUGGCAGAUGCAAAAAUGUCAAAAACUUGAUUUGAAUAAAAAAUUUCAAAACAAAGACUGGAGGCUCUUCCCAGAUGUUCUCCUUAUGCUGCAUCUGAUUUAAGUGAAUCUGUCAACAGUAAAAGUUUGAACAUCUGGAGAGACUGCGUUAUUAGUCAGAAAAGAAAAGUAAAGAAAUUAAACUGGUCAAAGGAAAAAUCUGGCUUGGUCUUCUUGUGCUGUUUAGUCGUAAAUAUUUGCUGUGCUGGAAAAACAAAAAUCCUUCAGCAAGAGAAGUCUGUCAAAAAGCUGUCAGCACAUAACUCUGCUCUCCCUGGGAAGUUCAACUUCAAUCAAUACAUUAGGUUUUGGAAAAAUACCAACUUUUGAGGUGGAAAAUGUGCAGUAAGGUGAAUUUUUUGCUGGGAUGUGUUCAAAGGUCAAAAGCAGAAAGCAGUUAAACACCCCCAUCCUAGAUAAUGGACGAGUGCUGCCGUUACUAAGGGCUUUAAUGAAACGUAACGAGAUGUGUAGUUUCCUCCAUCUUUAUCUCUAACGAUGGCUUGGAUAGAGUCACAGAAGUGUUGAGGUAUCUGAGGCCCCUUUCUUAGCUCUGUGUGUCAUGUUCAAGUUGUUGAGCCUGUAGAAUAGAAAUCUGUCCUUAUGGAGCCUGUGUGCACUGUUUGCAUCUAUAAUUCAAUGCAAUUUUCUACGUUUAUUAAGACUGGAACUCUUUCAGGGGUUCUGCCCGUAAAUGUAAAGUAUUACAAACAACCCAGAGAGAACCCAACUGAGAAAAUGGUCAACUCAUUCUUCUUCGUUUCAGUCAUCAGUCAGAUAUCUGUCAGCUUCUAACGAUUUCUAUGGGGGGAAGGUAGAAACCAUUUUUCAAACCAAUCAUGCAAGUGCCUCUAUGAAGCUGCACUUAUAGGCACAGCAGUGCCUUGAGCUAAAUGCCAUCAUCUGCAUCCCGUCACCUGAGCUCACAGUGAGAACACCGAUGUGGAGUUUGUAGCAUUGAAUAUGAUUUAAUCUGUGACACUAUAGCUGGAAACAUAAUGGAUUUUGCAACUAAUUUCAGUUGUUGAUAAAGUUUUCUUCUUAGUAUGAUGCAGACGCUUCAGAGGGUAUACAUAAACAUUGAGUCACAGUAAGAUCUGUGAGAAAAACUACAUAAAACAGAAUCUCUGCAUUACCCCAAGAGUUGUAUGUUUUUAAAACAUCAGCCCUAAUAGUAUGUUUUAAGCAGGUCAGUAUAGACCAACCAUAUCGGUUUAAAAGGAUGUGAUGGAUGUAAUAUUUUUACUGAGUGCAAAUUGGCAUAUCACGCUCCAUUAUUCUGCCUUUUUUACUUUUUAGGGAGGUCUUUAUGAACUGCAGUCUUAGUCUCUAGCUGUUUUCAUUGUUCAAAACAACACAAGUUAUUCUUCCAGCAGAAUAUAGCAUGUCUUAUAAAGGCAUUUUAAGGCUUGCUUCAAGGGUACAAAACCAUGGUGUUGUCCCAGUCCCAGUGUCAUCAUAAAACAGUCUGUGUGAAUGUGGAAAAGGGAGGAAACAGUAAAAAGUGAAUUUUUUUUUGUUAGAGUUAGAAAAGCUGAUGCAAUCUAUAUCCUUCCACAGCCUAAACUGAACUCUUACACAGGCAGUUUAUUAGUUCAGUAGGCUCAGUGAUACUGACAAGUAUGGUGUGAAAUUACUUCAUCUGUAUAGAGUGCAGUUGGGACUGUACUGUAUGUAUGCCUGUCCAGGUGAAGUCUUAAAUCAAAGAACUACUAGUGUGUGGAAGAAUGACCAUUGUACAUAAUUAUGAUGUAUGCUGAGUGAGGAUUUAUUGUUUCAUGACAUUAAAUAGUUUUCCGUUUUAAUAGCCAUACAUUCAGACUUUGCUAUGUGUUUGUCAUGAUUGUUUACAGUGCGAUAAAAAUGACAUUAUGAUUUGUUGAGCAGUACUGGUUGCUUGUUGUAAAAGUAAUUCCCCCCCCUCCUAUUUUUUAAUUAUAUGCAUGUGAAAGCUUUUAAUAGUGCAAACCCAAAGUAAUUGAGAGGCCUCUAGUUUAAAAUAGUCUUCCUUUUAUUCUUAAAAGGCUGUUUUUGUAAUUAGAAAGAGCACAAGUGUCAACUCCAUUAUUUACAAUGGCUAAAUUGAAUUUCCCCUCAGGGCUCAAAAAAGUUCUUCUUAUGCUGCGUUCCAGUUGACUAAGAAGUCGGAUGUUGGAGCUGUGAAUGACGUCAAACCUGAGUCGAUGGCGUUCCAGUUAACAGGUCUGAAAACCAAGAUGGACGCCUACUGUUAGCCGUUGUUAGCUGUUUUUUACAAUUGUCUGCUGUCAGUCGUUGUUAGCAGUUGUCAGCUGUUUUAAGUUGUUGUUAGCUAUACCAGUUGUAAACAACGCACAACACAGUAUUUUACUCUUACAAACACCAUAGCACCGUGUUCACAGUUAGACAUUCGGCAGUACAACAUAUACCAUUUAUUCAGUUUCACAAAAACAAAACGGAAGUGCCAAUAAAUAAUACAUUAUGAGAGCUUUUACUAUUACUCUUUACUGUUGAUGCACUGCGCUGCCAUCUUGAAUUAUGACGUUGUUGUCAAGUCGGGGUUGGCGAGGGUCAUCCGACUUUCCAAGUCGGAAAUCCAACUUCAGGGUUGCGUUAUAGAUGAAUUUCCGACUUGGAGCUCGGAAAUCCUGACUUCCGAGUACAACUGGAACGCGGCAUUAUCUUAAAUGUAGGGAUGCAAUGAUAAAAAAUCUGAUAAUACAAUAAUACUGUGAUAACAAGUCUACAAAUAUGUCAUGAAGCCUAACCAUCCAUGGUGAUGGAGAUGAGGUGGGUUUGGGACCUCACUUUACCUGAGGAACUGUCUUUUGUUGCAUCCUCAUCAGUUUGAUGGACAGCCCUUUGUAACAGAAUAGAUAGACAUUAAGGAAACCUAUGUGAAAUAUGAAUUCAUUCUAGGGCAAACAGUUUGCUUCUUUACCAAACAAUUCAAAUGCUGAUAUUAUGUCUGUUUGAGGAGAACAAAACUAUACCUGCACUGGAAGAAUAAUUAACCAUUGGCAAAGCUUCUGAAGCAUCAUCUUUUGAUAUAAAUCAUCUUUGAUGUUUCCUCCCAUGGGAGUUGCAGAAAUCUCACAUGGAGAACCAGACAUUUUCUCACACAAAUCUCAUACCAAUGCUAUGACUAUCAUGCGUUAUUAUCUGUGAAGAAAAUAGAUAGGAAUUAAUCUAAUGGGAUCUACUCACAAGUCAUUACUGUCUGUUAGCCUCCCUUGAGUCUGUGUGUCACCAACAAAAAGUUAAUUCUCAGUAGCAUUCUUGUUUAUUUCAUCUGUGGUGGAAGAAACAAAAACACUAUAUAUCAAAAGUUAAUGGAACAUAUGGCAAGCGUUAGAAGGUUGCUACACAAAGCACAAAGCUCACUAAAAAAUAAAACAUUUUUGUUGAUUUUCUAAAUAAUUGCACAUAAUGUUUACAAUCCUUCAAAGCGAUCUUUUGCGGAUGUCAUAAGAGUUUUUAUUAAGCUGCAUUUUUGUUGUAUUAGAAAAAAAAUCAACAUCUUUCAUCUUAAACUGCUGCUGUGGAGGGCACUGACAGCUCUGCCUCAGCUAGUCACUUUAAAUUGCUUGUUUUCAUCGAAGCAAUCUGGCAACCAAUUUCAAUCUCCCUGCAUCAUACCCCCGUGUCCCCGCCGCAUCUUUGAAAAUCGCCGCUGGUUUCACAUUGACACUCAGCGGCGGAGAUUGAGAGGAAAGUGAGGCGACGACAUGCAACAAAGGUCAUGCACUGGAUUUGAGUGAGUGAUAUAGCGGGUGUUUGUGUGUGUGUGUGUUCCUGCUGAGCUGUGGCGAUGUGUAUCGAUGAUGCUGAGAGCUGACCUUGUGCACCUUCAGCACUGAUGGAUGUUCUAAGAAGCUGUUGGCCAAAUGCUGCUGCCUCACUGUUUACACUCAGGCGAAGAGACCGAAACACAGACAAAACUUGCUCUUCUUUUUGUGUUAUUUUAAUAGACUUCACACUGUGUGCUGCUGACUUCCUGAUGCGUUGCUAUUUACCCCUCAAGGUGAAACACUCCCCUAUUCUUCUCAGAGAAUUCAUAUCCUGUUGGUAUGGCUGUUGCUAUUGUUGUUGAAGCCAUGAAUCCUGAUACUCUUACUGCACAUUCGUUUUGAUCUCAAUAGAUCAAAGGAGAGCCUGAAUUAUAAUGGUGAGUGACUGUAAAGCGAUGCCUCGAGCUUCAUGACACACAAUUACUGAAUGCAGAUAUGACUAGUGUCAGAUGAGCAAUCUCCAUUGAGAGUAAAAACAACUGUGUUUCCAGGGUGACACUGAUAGUACGCUGAGUCUGAUGGUUAUUUUGGGAGAGUAGAGAAAGUUGAGUGAGUUGAGUUUUCUGAAUUGAGAGUUGUUGAAAACAAGAAAUUUCACAGCUGUAAAACUGUUUCAUUUUGCUGUUUCAGAUAAAAGCGAUUCCACAGACAUCAUUUUCUUAAUACUGAUUCUGAAACCCAUGUAUCAAUACCUACAGUUAGAGUUGUUCCUGUAUGGAUAUAAGUGUUGGAACUGUCUGUAUGGAGUGUGACCAAGUAUAUACACCAGUGCACUAUUUUUUGCCCCUCAUCAAAACAAAAAAGAAAAAAGGGGGCAAACACAUAAUGUGUCGAUAAUAGAGAAAGACCGAUGCUGCGUUCGAGUUACCUCGGAAGUCAGAAGUCCAAGCUAGGAAUGGCGUCAUACCCAGGUUACCAACGUAAGUUGGAAGAAAGCAAAAUCGGAGGCGGAAACAAGAUGGCUAAAUCUACGAAAGUUAUUCUAGCGCUUGCCUUGUCGGAAUAUAAGCAAGGACAAGGCAAGCACUAAAAUAAAUUUCGUACAUGUAGCCAUCUUGUUUCCGCCUCCGAUUUUGCUUUUUUCCGACUUGGUAACUGAAACUCGAACGCAGCACAAUUAAUGGAAUUUUGACUAGGGGCAUCCCGAUCCGAUAUUGAUAUUCAGUAUUGAUCCAAUGUCAGCAAAAAAACAAAUAUCGGAUUAUAUCAGUCUACAUCUAAAAUCUCCGAUAUACGUACUCCAAUACAAGCAGUCUAUUCUAGACUCCGCUCCAGCACUUCUAUCCAGCAGCUCCUAGAUCUAGCAGUUUGUACGAAGGUACUUACCAGGUAGCAAGGAGUAGGAGUGAUGUCAGCCGUGUGGCGGAAUUUUUUGUUUCAGUCCAAAAAAGGCAUUGCAGCUGAGUGCAAAACUUGUCUAGCACAAAUUUGUGCUAAUAUUGGAUCAAUAUCGGUAGCAGCCAUUAUUGAGAGCUACAAUAUCUGUAUCAUAUUGGAAGUAAAAGAAAGUUGUAUUGGGACACCCCUAAUUUUGACAUAAUGGCCAUCAUAUAUCAUAUUGGUAUAGUCCUUCACAAGGCAGAUAUCACCAUUACCUUUUUUUUAAUUAAAUUUUUUUUUUACUGUUUUCUCAUCACCUAUUAGCAGCACAUCAAAUGUAAAACAGUCAAUGGCUUGUGUUUUAAUUUAAAUAACGAGGUCAGAUUGCUUGACAGAAAUCAAAGUUCCUAGUGGGAAUAUUUUACCUAGCCAAAUAUUAUACCACCCGCACGUCUUUGAUAAAAUGUUAACUCAAGUUCAGUUGUUUUGUUUUCAGUCUUUGGUGUGAUUAAACUGUUGUAUUUUGACAAAUGCAAGAAAAACAGCCAUUGGUAAACCUGCACUCUCAUCAUUGGCAUCUGCAUCAGCCUUUGAAAGUUCCUUGGUAGUUCAUAAUGUAUAAGACCAGUGGUGGGAUUCAAGGGAUUGUUCUUAACUGUUCUUGCCUUACCUGAUUGGUAUCAAGAAGGGGAAAAAAUCUAUUGAGACAUCUCUAGUUUUGAGAAAGCUAUUAACGGUGUGUGUGGUUUGAAAAGGUUACAUUCAUAAAGAUAUCAGUACACUGGAGAAAUCUUGACUUCAUGGAGUCGAGCUACUGUCAGCUGCUGCUCAGCUCUCGGCUUUCCCUAGUGUCUUGUGUCAAAUUUUGAUAGCUACGGAGGGACUUACUUCUAACUUCAUUUUGCAUUUUUUUACUUUUCUUAGUUAUGAAAUGUUUAAGAUAUUUGAGUGCUAACUGAAAGAAUAAGCACCACACAAAGACUUUUUAACCAUCAUUCUGGGUUUAAAGAAUAAAUUGGAGUUUAAAUAUAUGACUUAGUAAUUGAAACUCCCCUAGUUUUGGCCAUUACUCUACUUUAAAGUAGAGAAACUAGACUGAAGUUUUGUGGAGGGUAAAUAAAUGAUGAUUAACUUUUUACUUAUUAGCUGACUAACCUCUACCAAAUAGUUGUCUUGUUGUUUAUUAGAGUUAGUAUUUUUGAGAGUUAUAUAAAGGUAAAAAAACAAAUCUUGUAGAUAUCUCCUAUGUCCAUUUUAUUCUAUCCACUAUCUUACAUUUUCUUCUGUUGUCUUAGUCUGUGGAGCCACAUCUCCCUCACUCUCUCUGUAUCAUUGUUGCCCUUGUUGCCUUGUAAUUUUUCUCUCAGUGUCUCUUAGUCUCUCUCCCGGGCUUGCUCUCUCCUUUAUUCUCUCUUUCGCUUCUCUGCACAGUCUCUCCCGGGCCAUUUGAGUUGCUCAGGGAGCUGUGAAAACGAUGUCUGUGUGUCUUUGCGUCUGUAUCCUGUAGGGAGUGUGUGUGUGUGUGUGUGUGUGUGUGUGUGUGUGUGUGUGUGUGUGUGUGUGUGUGUGUGUGUGUGUGUGUGUGCAUACAGGGACAGCAGAGGUGGUGGAGCGUGUCAAGUCUUGCUGUAGAAGCCCUUCAACUGGCGUAAGGAGCCGAGGGAAGAAGAGAACGAAAGAAAGGAAGAAUAGAAGAAGGGAGGGGAAACUAAAUGGUUGGAGAGAUAUAUAUUCAUAGAGGUUAGGUGAAAUUUCUGUAUGUGGAUUGAUGCAGCGAUGGAGGGAUUGAGAUUUGGUUGAAUGGAGAGAAAGUGGGGAGAUAAGUUUGGGAAGGAGGGAUGGGCAGAUGAUAACAAGAGGGGAUGAAUCAAUGAUGGAUAGAUGCGCAAGAUGAAUGAACAGAUGAUUUAUGGAUGAAUGGGUCAGUUAACACAGCCAAAUUCUCAGUAAUGACCAUAGAUUGCAGGCAGUGAAGAGAGCUAAAUAUGUUGGGUGUUAACUCUGUGAAAGUGGAGCAAAUAAUGUGUACAUGUUGUCUUGUGACAAGAGAAAACAGCUGUUUAGAUAAACAAACACUUUGGCUGAAUGUAUAGAGACUGCAUUACUGAAAGAAGUGCAUCCACUCGCUUCUCAAGGAACAGAAGAGUUGAGAAGUGGUAUUCAAAUAGUAUUUUACCAAGGUUUUAUAACUGCAGAGCAUGAUCGAAAACGGCUUGUUUAAUGAAACUUUGUCAAGAGCAUGACUUUGCGUGUGGCUAAUCACCUGAAAACAGUGUAUAGAAACUGUUGAGUCAACAUAAAUGGGAAGGCCCUGAACCUUCUUUUUUUUAGACACUGUUACUCACAAUUCCUUGCCCCUCUCAGCCCCCCCCCCCCCAAAAAAAAAAAUAAAUAAAUAAAUAAAUAAAUAAAUAAAAAUAAAUAAAUAAAUAAUGAAACCUGAAAAAAACAAAAAUUGGCCUGAAAGUGACAAAAAGAUUUGAAAGUUUGAAAAGAACAAACAAACUAAACUAAAAGAAAAGAAAAGAAAAGAAAAGAAAAGAAAAGAAAAGAAAAGAAAAUACUAAAAAACACCUGAAACCUAACCAAGUUGUUGGAAGUGUAUCUCUGGGUUGUCCACACAUUCUGUAUAUAGAACUUUACAGAGUCUCUGUGGUAGUAGAGCUGUUCAAACCGGAAUUUAACACAAUUUUGGCUCCAACCUUAGCCAUUGAUUUACAUGAUGAUAUUACUGAAAAGUCACAUUUCCAGAGUUGAAUGACCAUCAGUCCUGUUGACUUUGACUCUCACGAUUAUUUGUAUGUGAAUUAUUAAGUUCCAUUUUGAUUUCCAGCCUUCCCUGUGCCUUGUUUUAUUGGCUCAGUGUCAGAGGGAACAACAUUGGCCGGAGAGUUUGAGCAAAAGAGAAACCCAAAGGUUAUUUUGUAAAAAGGGACAAAUCAAUAUGGUGUGUGACCUUUAUUGAUUUAUUUACUAAAGAUUUACUGUCACUUGGUCCACAUAUACUCCUCCUCAGCUGCAGAGGUUUGAUUUACGCAGGGAGCAGGGAUCCAGUUUUUAACCCUGGAUAUAGCUACUCUUUCUGGUCAAGCAAGAACAGCCUGCAGUUUCAACCUGCUAAUGAAACUGGGGAUAAAAACUAGCCACCUUGCCAUAAUGUCACAUAUUUGCAUGUGAAUGUUCAUUAAUGCAUGUUAUCCUUUGUAAAAAAAAAUAUAUAUAUAUAUAUAUAUAUAUUAUACAUCUCAAUUUUAGUUUAAUUUUUCAUAACUGGUAGGAAUAACCAUUAAAGAAUUAUUUCUGAUUUUUGGUGUAAUUAAGAGUUGAUUAACUAAUUUUAAAUAGCUUUCACAGCUUUAUUAACAGGAUGGCAGACGUGAAACGUUAUUAAAUAAAAUUUUAUCACUGCUCUGGUAGUUUCUGUAAAAACUGACUCAGACCCAUUGUUUUGUUUUGUUUUGUUUCUUACUUGUUAAACAUUUCAAGUUAAUUUUAGCACUUCCUUCGACUGCAGUAACACAACAGAUGGUACGACAUAUUUUGCCUGCAAUCACAGCGUAGCACAGCCUACUGUGAAAGGGCCUAACAGUGUCUAUGUUUACUUUUACAUUUUUGCAAUUUCUUCUCACAUUUUGCUUACAAAGGCGCAUACUGGCUAAUAAUGACUUUUGUGAAUUUUGUCAGGAUAAUCAGAAGAAAAGAGAAACAAAAAGCACUGAAUGCUGCUGUAUGUCGAAAAGAUACACAUCUGUUUUUUUUUUUGUUUGUUUAAUUCUGUUGAAUUUAAACACGGACUUGGAGAAGGGUUUCACCAUCAGUUUGUUUAGUUUCUCAGAAUUUCUUGGGGGAGAUUUUUCUGCAUUAAAUAUUCUCACAGUUUUGCAGCUCUACUCAAGCCUCAGUACAUCUGGGUCAGUCUGCUCAGUUUGAACAAGUAAACUUGUCAUAAUUGGGCCAGAAAGACUCUCUAACGGGGCACAGGAGAAAUUAGAAAACACACAGACAGUUUAUCCAAACAUUGUGGAUUGAUUGGAAUGAAAAAUCCAGACAGACGCGCUGUUUUUAUUUUUUUAUUUUUUAAAUAUUGUGCCGUCAACCCCCCCAAAAAAGGUUGAAAGCAAUUCUGUUAUUACUCUGACUCUUCUUGGGGUUACCCCUGUAGACUGAUUUACCACUUCUCUCCUUCAUGAAUCCUUGCGGUGGUGCUAUUGACAUUAUUCUGUACUUUUAGAUUAUCAGAUAGGUACCAAAAAUGUACUCUUACAACCAAUUUUGGCAGAAUCCGUAUGUUAGAGAGUUAUGGGCCAUUCACAAAUAUAAUAAUAUAAGUCACUCUCGAAGAAAGAGUGAAUGUAGUCACAGUGACAUCGCCUAUUGCCGUCUGAUGUGGCAUUUUGAAGCCGGUUGCAAUGCUAGAAAGGCUGACAUGACCUCAGGGGCGUAGCACUAAAUUCUGGGCCUUGUACACUCUCAUUGUCAGUGGGUCCCUAUCCAUGCCAGUGCCUGAGGCAUGUGAGCAAAAAUCUGGAUUUUCACGGGCCCCACUCCCUACUCAGGCCCUGGGUAGUCAGGUCCACUUUUCCCCCCAAUACCAUGCCCAUGCAUGACCUUAACCUUUGGUCAACCUAGAGGGUUUACGUGGGCUUUUAGCCUCCUUGCUAACAACCUUGACCCUAAUUAUUAAAAUCUGUAACCUUGAGAUCUUCAAAUCCCAUUGUUAUCAAAUUCAUCCUCUGUACACUAUGUGCAAAUAGAGAAAAUGACCUAUUUAGACCAGAAAUGCGUUUUGUGCCGAGCUGUUUAUACAAGCUUGGCUUUGUGAAGUUGGUUUGUAUGUGGCCUCAGGGGCUUCUGGAUCCAGUCUCAAGUGAACACUCAAUUCAGCGUUUAUCCAGACUCAAGGUUUCUACUUAAUUACCCUGCACCCCCCACCCCCACUUGUUUUACUGUCAAUCACUUUCCUUCAGAAAAUUAGGAAAGCCAGGAGGCUGUAAGACAUUUUUCUUUGGGUUAAUUUUGUGGAAACAUGUAAAGUGACUUAAUGUUGUCCUUUUUUUUUUUUUUUUCAUUCUAAUGCCACACUUAGCUAGCUGUUCCCUGUUUCUGUCUCUGAUUUACUGAUAUUUUAUGCUGUUCUGCACGUCAGGAAUCAGUUUCAAACUAUACAAUCAGAUUUAUUGUCCAAACCUUCAACAUGGACAGACAGCAACAAAAAUUCUCAGUUUUCAAAAGUUGUAAAUGAUGAUUUGACAUGUUUUGCUACAAUAACCAACCAAUCAUGGAAACAUUACUUUGAUUUUAAUCUAUAUCAGGGACCAAAAUUGAUAUCUAAGCUUUAAUUAUCAUUUUUUCCUUAAAUGAACAGAACAAUUCAAACUGGCUUCACUUGGGGAAAUAAAUUCUGACAUGCUGCUUCAGGGGGAAAGUCGCUCGAGUGUCUGGAAGCAUGAUCAUGUUUUGAAAACACAGGCUGAACCCUUGCUCUGAUACUUUUUCCUCUGUGUAUUUUGGAAACAUGAGGAAAUAACUGUACUAAAGUGUAUUUUGUUUGCUGUAAUCUUCACUGCAGUGAGUCACAUUAUCUCUGCCUGCUAACUUCUACUGCCGCAUCUCCUAAUGCUGUGAUUAUUUUGAUCUAUAAAUCUAUUACUAAGGUUUUUGUUCGAUUGCACACUAAUGAACAUGUUGCAAGGCAAUGCACAAAUGUGUCUACUCACUGCCGGGCAUGUACUCUCAAACACUGAUGAGCUGUCUUGGUCUUCUAAGCUCUUAUGUCCUCCAAGGGGCCACUGUGGCUAGAAUUGGUAGCUACAGAGAUUAAUCCCCAGUCCCACAUGCUGAUGUGUCCAAGACACUGAACCUGCCCCCCGCUGACUAUGCCCAGUGGUGUGUGAAUAGGAUGAGUCCAAAACUGAUAAGCUCUGCCAUCAGUGUGUGAAUGAGUGAAUGUAACAUGAAAUAUAACAGAGCUUUAAGUGAUCAUAAGACUAGAGAAAGUUCGAUAACACUUUACUUGACACCUUUCUCUUUAAAGCAUUAUAAAUAUAUGUAUAAUAUGUUAUAAUCAUGUUAAAUCACUGUAUAACUAUAGUUAUAAACACUCAUAAAUGAUCAUAAUGCUUUAUAGCAAUAAUAAUAACACAUUGUAAAGCAUUUUAUCAUGACUUACAAGGUCAGGUAUUUUAAUGUGUUAUAACUUUUAACAACUCACUGACAAUGCCCACAUAGAUAAUGCAUUAUACAUAUGUUUAUGAUGUGUUAUAAUCUGCUUAUAAACUCGUAUACCUAUCAUUAUAAACACUUGUUAAUUAUAAUAAGGCUUUAUAACAGUAAGCAUAACACAUUAUAAUACCUGACCUUGUAAGUCAUGAUAAAAUGAUUUAUAAUGUUUAUUAUUAUUGUUAUAAAGCAUUAUGAUCAUUUAUGAGUGUUUAUAACUAUAAUUCGGUGCUAUAACAUGAUUAUUAUGCAUUAUACAUCUAUUUAUAAUGUGUUAUAGAGCCGUCAAGUAAAGUGUUACCGAAAGUUCUUUAUGAUCAAAGUCCAUUUAUAUGAAUCUGAAGAAUUCUGCCUCCUCUCACAUGGUCCCUUAAGGCGCCACUUAAAAAAGACUUUUAUUUCAGUUUUAAAUCCUUUUACAGGCUAUAGAAGAUAUUGGAUGAUGUGUGAGAGCUGACACUCUUUGACAUUAUACUUCCAUUUUUACCUGUAAUCAUUUUUCCUCUUCCACUCACCCUUCACUCAUGCCCUCUCCUUCCUCUCCUCACCCUCUCUGUAUGAACUGAUUUAGUCUUAUUACCUAACACACCUGCCCUCUGGUGUGUCUCCACUCUUAUCGCGCCUGCUCACACCGACUUUUAGGUCCACACUCAUUGUUAUACCUAAACAGACACACACAGACACAGUAAUCAGAUCCGCCUGUCUCUUGUAUUCUGGAUACAGCAGCUAAAGUGAGAUAUGGAUACAGUCUCGGCUUUCAGCCUGGUUCAGUAUCAGUACAUCAGCCCAGCUUUUGACCCGUCUGACUAAAAUAGAAGCACAGUUUUUUUUUUUUUUUUUUAUAAUGGUGGUGGUGGGGUGUAGGAGACACAGAGACACCCAAGAGGCAGCAGUGAGUCCAAACAAAGUUACAGACCAAAACUCUAUCCCAUCGUAUCCCAUCAACACAAGUGGAUUUAGACAUGAUGAUGUUAUGCAACACUUGCAGUAAAAAUACCACACAAAAGAAUAUAUGAAUGCAUAAACAGGACAUACCGUGACGUAAGUCAGUCAAUUAAUUUUUAAACACAGAUGCAUACAAUGUGGCGCACAUUUGAAAUAAAUGACACAGCAACCACACAGCACUGACCGACCAAAAACACUCAGUGUCAACUCGUGUGACACUGAAAAAUGGAAAAAUGGAAAAGCAGCUGUCUACCAGUGGACCAAUGUACAACUUCAGCUGACCAAAAAAAACAAGAGGAAGAUAACUAAAAAAUGUAUAAUCAAUCAUUCAAGAGUAGGGCCCAACCGAUACAGAUUUUUGGGGCCGAUACCGAUUAUUAGGGGGGGGGGGGGGGAAAUCUGAUUACCGAUUAAUCUGCCAAUUUUUAAAAAAAAUUUAUGAAGUUAUAAAAAAUAUAUCUAUACUGUAGAUAUCUACAGUAUACUAUAUACUGUAGAUAUACUGUAGGUUACUGCUCUUCACGCUGACAGGAAGACCGACUGAUCAAACUUGGACCAGAAAAGCGCUUUCAACGACCAAGAUUGUCAUGAGGUCACUGCACCAUCUACUGGAUAAGUUGGGAAUCUUUUCAAAUGGCGGAACAUUUUCGAAGUGAAACGUAAUCUUAUUCUCCGCAUUUUAUUUCUGAAAAUAUCGGCGAAAAUCUGCGAGUUUUGGCUGGUAACUAAUUAGUCUCAAACGGGCUAAAAGUGGCCGAUUUAAUCGGCUCGCCGAUAAGUCAGUUGGGCCCUAUUCAAGAGUCUCAUGUUUGAUCUUCUUCUAUAUAGAUUUUGAUUUCAAUAAGAAUUGAAGUCCAGUAAUCAUGCCACCUCUUUCGUGGAGAAGUGUCUGUAAUCAUAAAAUUAUUUUAAAGGAACUUUAUUGUCCUUUACUGGGCUGAGUUAGUUGUCGAACAAGCAAUGAACAAGCCUUUACGCAGCUGAAAAUGAGAGUAAGCUAGAAAUAUGUUUUAAACACUUACAAGAUGCUCUGCAGCUGAAAUGAAUUCACAUUCACAUUCUGGGUCAAAAUUUAAUGAAUUCAGCAACUUUGCCUCCAUGUCUUGUUCUGCGAUGAUGAAGCAGUGUGAGUUUGUUGCGGCUCUUAUUCACACUUCUUGCUUUUCUCAAGAGGACUGGCUUUUACUUUAAAAACUGAAUAUUGUUACAUUAUUCUAGAAAUGUCCGUGUUGUUUCCUUUGAAACAAAUGGUGCGUCUAUGUGUUGGAAACACUAAGGUAGAAUCUAUUUUUGGGUUACUGCAUUCAAGAACAAGUCCACAUUUUUAUGGCCUCAAUGGGAUAACCCAGCGUAAAAUAAAGUUGGGGUCAACCACACCGUAACACCGACUUAGACACCCCCUGGAGAGAAGAAUGUUGCCUACUGCUUGCUUCUAGCUCAGUUCUCAAGUCCAGUCCUCGAGGCCCCCUGUCCUGCAUGUUUUGGAUGUUUCCCUGCUCCAACACACCUGAUUCAAAUAAUUAGCUCGUUAUUACGCCAUUACAGAGCUUGAUAACGAGCUCAUCAUUUGAAUCAGGUGUGUUGGAGCAGGGAAACAUCCAAAACAUGCAGGACAGUGGGCCUCGAGGACUGGACUUGAGAACCACUGCCCUAGCUCAUCAAACUGGAAGUCCCAUUUUGUGUUUUUUAAAACUUAAAGAUAUCAUACGUAGGGUGACAAUACGUUCUCUUUUACCCGACAUGUCCUCUUUUUGGGGGGCUGUCCAGGAAGGUUUAUAAAAUCCUUUCAAUGUCCAUGGUUUUGUAUGAGAGUUUCGAUUUUGUGUCACGUGGGCUUACUGAAUUAGAAGCGCAUAUUUGACUUGAUCCGACCCGAAAAACUCUCAAAAUUAACUUUGUGCGAUUCCGUGACUCCGCCCCUGCAUAGUUGUGCCCUCUUUUUGAGAAGUUAGAAUAUGGUCACGCUAAUCAUACGCAAGGCUAGUAAGCUAGCUAUGUCUUCCCAACUUUUUCUAACCAAACCAAAUUCUAUAUCCUGUUUUUUUUCAUUCUCAUUGCAUAAAGUUUGCUGACAGGCAAAGCUAGCAGUGGAGCACUUCAAGUUCAUCCCUCUUUAUACGAAAUGAUAGAACUUCAUAAUGCAUCAGGUAGUGGUGCAACGGAUCACAAAACUCACGGAUCGGAUCGUUCCUCGGAUCAAGAGUCACGGAUCGGAUCAUUUUUCGGAUCAGCAAAAAGAAAAAAAAACAAGACAAAUAAAAUAUAUAAAAGUAGUGCACAGUGCAUCUUCUUUUUAACAUAAUUAUUAAUGAAAAACAACUUAAAGUACAAUAUACAGGCAUAUCUCCUUCCUUUAAAAUGUAACAAUGAACCAAAAAUGAAGUGUGUGCGCGAUGGGAUGUCGUAACGUGGCUCAAGCACUUUCAGCAUGUUUUUAAAGCCCUCGUUUUGCACAACUGAAUACGGCCUCAUGUCUGCAGCUAUAAACACACCGAUAGAGUUUGUGAAAGCUUUAGCCUGGUCGGAUUGCGCAGGAAGAGGCUGCUUAAAUGCUGCGGUGAUGAGCGGUUGUCGGGCAGCUUUCGUUUUAUCUCAGGUGUUAUGCCAAAGAAUGCACCCCUGCCGUAUAGUGCACCCCCUAACGGGAGCGCGGUUGAAAGUACAUAACAAGGCGAAAUAAUACAAGUUUUCCUUACGUUGGAUGUAUUCAAAAGCGUUUGCCUUUAAUAAUUUCAUUCAGGCUAUUCAUAUCAAAUAUGAGAUCAUUAUCUCCACUUUAAGAAGCUAACGGGUGGAGGGGAUGCAGGGGGUGCGUUCUACGGCAGGGGUGCAAUCUACGGUACAACACCUGUCAGUAAAACACCCGGGUGAUGUCGCUUCAAAUGCGUGAACAUGCUCGAUGUGUUUCCACUGUCAUGUGGCUUUCUUAUGCCACAGUGCCUACACUCCGUCGCAGUUUUGUACACUGACCUCUUUCCUUCUUCAUCAUAAUUGACAGGGAAGCCAAAAUGCUCCCAUACAGGGGAUUUAAGUGUCGCGGGGCGUUCGAGCUCCUCCUUUCUCCGCUUUCAGAAAUCGAUCCGCGGAUCACAUGUGUGCCGAACCGAAUACGUCGAUCCGAACGGAUCACGGAUCAAUGAUGAUCCGUUGCACCACUAGCAUCAGGACACAUUUACAGUAUUAAAUACUCCAUAAAUCUAACAGAGGCCACAAAUAGGAAAGCUUUCACUGAAAAACACACAUCCUGAGCAAACAUUAGCACAAAGUGAGAGUCUUCUCAGAACUCGACAUAAUCAUUCACAGAGUCUGAUGAAAGGCAGCCAAUAUCAUUUGGCAAUCUGUGGGCCUUUUGCAGUGCAGACGACGUGAUUGAUUGAAAUAACAGGGGACAAUGCGCAAUGGCAACAGUGUCAGCUGUCCAAUCCGUAAAAAGGAUUUUUUAUGAUUGAUGGCAGGCAGUAGCGUUAAGAAGUCUCACACCUCUGCACUGCACUCUCAGCACUCACCAUGAUUACAUCUGAGUGUAUGUGUGUGUGUGUGGAGUUAGCACCAAGAGGAAUUGAGCGGCAGCAUUUUGUGUGUGAUUGCGCAUGUGUGGGGUUGAUUACGGUGUUGAGUGUCUGCUAGCUUGCAUGUAUUUUGUGUGUGAAAAGGUGACGGUGCAGUCUUUCCCUCUGUGUUUUUUUUUUUUGCAUUUGUGAAUGCCUGUGUGGUUGCCUUACUGCUGUUGGUGAUAAUGUGAGAUGAAAGAAGGGAGGGAAGGUGGCAGUGAAGGACGAGAGAGGAUGUGGCGAAAAAAGGGAAAGAGUGAGGCAGGGAUUGAAGGAUGCAUAGGAAGGAUAAGACCUACGUGGAGUAGACAAGGUCAGAGGAAGGGGUGGAAGGUGUGACAUAGAUGGGGAAAUAAGGCUGCAGCAGAUGGGUUUGAGACACAGGGUGGUAUCGAGGGGGAGGAAAGGAUGGAGAAGGAAGAAAAGGAUGAUAUAGGGGUGUUUGACAUAGAGGUAGGUAGAGAGGUUAUUAAAAGUCACAUUUAAGCAGGGGUAGAGAAAGAAAGGUCUGAAUGAGUGGAGCAAAAUAAGGUAGAAGAAUGUUCAGAGAGGAGUGAAGGGCAUAGGAAGGUGUGAAGGAUGGAGUGAGGUGUGGAGAGGGAAUGUGAUGAUGGCAGGACGCUCAAUUGCAAGGGGUUUAUGUGAGUCUUUGUCUCUGCAUCAAACCUUUUGAAGUCAUUAAUAAAUGCCAAAAUGAUGUGCAAUAAUUCUCACUGUUUUGUAUUGUGGGCAAGGGGGUUGUUGUCAUUUUGAUAUAGAGUAGCUGUGUCAACUGCAAAGGUUUAAUGAUGAAAAGGUGCAAAAAGUGCAGUUCAUUGAGUGGCCACUAGAGGCAGGUCCCAAAAAUGAACAGAUAUCCAUAAAAACCCCAUUCUAAAAUUCUUACCAGUGGAAAUGGUUUUUACAGCCAAGCACAAAUUACAGGUUUGCUCACUUAAUGUAUUAGGGGGGGAGAAUUUAUUGUAUUAGAUUAUAAACCGUGGGUACAUUUGGUUUUUAGAGUAGGGUUGUAUGAGGUGUUUGUUUGUAGGAAGUGUAUUAGCUACAGGAAACAGCAGUCAACUCUUUACUCCCCUAGGUUAAAGGAGGGGUAUGAUGCAAUUUUUCAAACUAUUUCCUUUCUGACGCCUCUUUAAUACCUUUACAUGAUUUUUAGAUUAAAAAAAGCCUCACAUUUCUUACUCUGGUGUAUUAAAAUAUAGUAGUCCCGCUUUAGUAAGUAUCUUGCAGCACCUUUGUCCUACACAUACUUUGGGGGGUUUUUAGGCUGAGCCAGCUACCCCGAACAUAACAAAUUACAGGUAAUUUAAGGACUUGUAGCCGUAACCCAGUUUGAAAACCAGGACAAGAGUGUUAGUAAGCAGAGGAAGCUGUAGCAAUAAAAUACGAGGAAAAUAUUGGAAACUGUGAUCUGUUCGGCCUGUAGUAGCAGGUAGCCUGCUGACAGAAACCUGCACAGACUUCCAGAUUUAUUGCACCAUGAACGGCUAAGGCGCAAUCUGCUCGUGGGCGGCUUUGUACAGUAAACACACAGACAUGCCUGCGUGUCCACAUGCUCAGGAAGCAAGCUCCGACUGGAUGGGCUCAACUGACAACGAAUGGGCCAUCAGCAAAUGCAGCUCUGGUGAUAGCACCUGGAGUAAUAUUAUGGAAAUAUGGCCACAUUUUCUGCCUCAUAACGGUGAGCAGGGGGGGAAUAAAGCACUCAGCACCCAUUCAUGCUACGAGCACAAUAAAGCUCAUUUGAAUAAGCUGGAAAGUUGGCCAGCAGUUCAUUUUCAACUGGGACACCACAGGUUCUUUUAAUGUCUCCCCCUUUCAGACCAGGACUCUGAGUUAAUUUAAUCCUGCUGGCAACCCAAACACAAUAAACUACACUGAUGUUGUUGUCUCCUGACUUCUUGAUAGAGCUAAAAUGUUUGGGGAGCCGCUUAGGAAAUUUACAGACCUGUUUCAGGUACAAUAAGCUAUUAUUUGUACCUCACCGUUCAAGCUUUUUUAAUUAUUCAUGAAUAAAAAGAAGUAUUUUUUCAGAGAAUUAAUGUUACUCAUGCUCAUUUGCUUUCUUCACAUGUUUAUAAGUACACGAGGACUCCACAACUACCAAUGAUGUUGCUGAUUUCAUUAAGCUCUUAUGAGAUUAUUCAGAGAGAGAGCAACAACAUCUACUUACCAUUCUGUUUGUACGUAAGAGAGAGAGAGAGAGAGAGAGGGAGACAGGGAGAGGCAGGGGAGUGUGUGUCUGCGUGUGUUAAUGUGUUUGUGCAGCCUUAAUGUUUCUUAGCCUGCUGGGCGUCCAUCUGUGGGUUUGUCUGGUGUCAUUUCCACUCUACAUAUCCCACUACUUCUCUCACACAUACACAGUGGCACUUAAAACACUAAACACAGUGAGCGUAAACCCAUUACAUCGCUCACGCACACAUAAAAUCAGGCAAAAUCUGGCCACGUGCAUGCACGCAAUGAACCACACACACUAGAUAUGUAGACAUGAGAGAACACACACGUGUACACACACAGCCAGAGCCCGUGGGUGCGAUCUAGGUGCUUUCUAAUACAUCCUAUUUAUCAUGCAGCAGUUGAACCCCCUUGUGUUCUUGCCAACUCUCUCACACACAAAUGCAAGCACACACAUACGCGCGCAUUUUGUCCUCAUAAAAGCACUGCCUGCAUAGAUCAGCCAUUAAGAUAUAAGAGCGCACAAACAGAAACCACUGGUGGGCUGAUAAAUCAUUUACAAAGUAACUGGGAAUGUGUGCGUGAGUGUGUGAGUGUGUGUGUGUGGGGGGGGUGAAGAGUUACACACAAACCGAUUAAGAGAGGGAUGUUAGGAGGUUAAGAGGAGGGAGAGGUAAUGAAAGUAAAUGCAUAGAGAAAAGAGAAUGAUAAAGAGGAAGGGCAGAAAAAGAAAAAAAAGGAAAGAAAGAAAGAAAAUAAGGGGAAAGGUGGACAGAGACAGAAAGGUUUGGGUUUUUCAAAAGAAAAGGCAAAAAAAGAGGGAGCGACUGAGAGGGUUCGAAGAUAGACGAGGAGAAAGAGGAGGGCAUUGUGAUAAUACAGGGAAGGUUGAGGCAGAAAAAAUGAAAAGAGCAAAAAUGUGUGGACAGAUUGUUAAACACCUGUAAGAGUCGAGAUGUGACUCGAAAUUUAUGUCAAGGUGUCUAUUUAUGGUUAUAUAUAUACUGGUAACAAAAAAUGUAAAAGGGGCAUACUAGUGUGUUCUCUCACUUAGGCACAACUCGUGUCUGACCAUAGACUGUAAAUACUAUGGACAACUUGGUUCCGCCUUUUUAUUGUUUCCCCUUUUCCACAUUUGCACAGAUUGUUUUAUGAUGACACUGGCACUUGAUACAACACCAUGGUUUUGUACCCUUGAAGCAAGCCUUAAAAUGCCUUUUAUAAGACAUGCUAUAUUUUUGCUGGAAGAAUAACUUGUGUUGUUUUGAACAAUGAAAACAGCCAGAGACUAACACUACAGUUCACAAGGACCUCCCUAAAAAGUAAAAAAGGCUGAAUAGAGGAGCAUGAUAUAUGGCAAUUUGCACUCAGUAAAAACAUUAUAUCCAUUACAUCCUUUAAAACUGAUAUGGUUGGUCUAUACCAUAGGCUGUAUAUACUAUGGACAACUUGGUUCCGCCUUCCGUCAGUAUACAGAUUUGAAGCCGAAAAGCUCGCGGUAAAUCCGCUUUUUUUCCCUCCACUUCCUGAAACCAACAUUGCGCAGUAGUGUUGUACGCACUCCACCACUUGCGCAGUCGCAUCAUGUGCAUUCGGCGGGAGAGUUGGUGUGAUGACGCUCAGCUCAAACAGCGUAUCCCCCGGGUGAGCUACGCAAUCCUUGUAUGCCCAUAGGCUGUAUCGGGUGUCAAUCAUAGAAAACAUAAACCCCCUAAUAACUUUUGAAAACUGAGCUGUAUAGAAAAAAGAGGACUUGAGCACAAACCAGUCUUACAAUAACUACAUUUCAACAACAUUUCUAAAGUUUGUCCACAACUCCAUAGGGAUUGCUGGAGGAGGCGGGAUUUAUGAUCUAUACUGCAGCCCGUCACCAGAGGUUGCUGUUCUCAGAGUGGCUUCACCAAGUGAGGAGGAAGACGCUGUCCAUUCUAUAUACAGUCUAUGUGUCUGACAGAUCAUUUUACAAAAUCAGUACAUCGCAGUUUCUAACUGAAUUUCUAUGAUAAAAAUGAUCAUUUCUCUCCUCCUGCCUUCUCUGUUUCAGUCUUAACCACAAAACAAUAAAAGACUUUUAUUGUGAAGAGUUUGUUAGGAGUUACAUGGAUUAACUGAGCAGUAGUGAAGCUACGGUUUAAUCAUGAUUGUCAGGAGUUACUUGCUGAUUUUAAACUUGGAGAGUAAAAAACAAUAGAUUACCUGAUUGCUGAAUCCAAAAAUCCAUCUCUACCAUAAACACUGAGUUAUUUGAUGAGUGGGCUUGCUGUGGCUCCACUCUGACCAGGAUUACAUUACUCCAUUACGCUGUGUCUUUUUUUAACCUGCCACUGUGUCUGUAUCAGUGGAAGCAAUCUCAAUGUUUUGAGAGCAACAUUCAUAAUGUGUGUGUACAAAAAAACAAUACACAUGUUACAACCCAUGAGUACAGUAUUGUGAAAUAGUGUUGUGGCAGACUGUGACACCUGCGUCAGUACUGAAGCUAAACUUUUGACAUCUGUUUGAAAUCAUUGCUUUUUUCAACUUUAAAAGCAAAAACUAACGGCAACUAUAAAAGAAAAAACAUGUAGUUCUGGUAUCAGAAGUAUCCAAACUUUAUUUGAAACUCCUCUGUCUCGGAGCGAGGUGUACAAUCUGAUUGAUAGCACAUGUUUUUUCUGUGUGUGUUUUCCAUCUACUGUCUACCCCUCUCUGGUGUCCCUUUGUCAAAAUCAGUCCAGUUCACAUCAAAGCGGCAGAGCAGAUAAAACAUAUCGAAACAAAUCCAAGCGUUUCACUCUUUGCCUUCCUCUGAUAAUGUCAGCAGUGUUCUUUGGUCUGUUUUGAUCGGACAAAAAAAGACAAUCUGACAGCCUGAUAAAGGAAGAGAAGGAUUUCAAAGGCAGCAGCAGCAGCGAGACAAACAGAUGGACAAGCUUUACUUCAAAGAUGUUUAAUUUGUUACGAUGUACUGUGAUUGAUAGAGCCAGGGUGGGAUAUUAGAGAGAGGCUGACCUGAAAAGGGACAAGAAGAGCGGAGGAAAAAAACAGAAAGGAAGCAAAAUAAAAGAAUGAUAGCUCCUUGCCAUAAUGUGUAUUAUUUGAUUAUUAUCAGUUGGUCAAUCACGAUGAAUUACUGGUAAGAGCGAUAACCGCCAAUUACUGCUAAUGACAGAUCCAGCUCGGUAUCAGCCCAGGGCAGACACACACACACGCACCCACACAUACAUGGAUACUUGGAGAAACCAUCUAAUGAUAUCUGGAUGAUGGUCUGCAGGGAGAAAAUUUCCUCCAGCUUGGUGUAUGGAAGAGUAUUGUAUGUUGUCCAUUUUUUUGUUUAAAAACUAUUCAUACCCCUUGAACUUUUUCACAUUUUGUCACUCUACAACCACAAAUUUAGAAGUAUUUUAUUGAGAUUUUUUGUCAUAGACCAACACACAGUGGCAUGUAACUGUGAAGUGGAACAAAAAUGAUGUACGGUUUUCAGAUUUUCAUUUGUUUAAAAUUUUGUAAAUAAAUAAAUAAAUGUUCUUCCCUGAGCUGUGUCACCCCGCUGUAGUCCGUAAUAGAUACUGGCCUGAGGUCUCGCUACAAACUAGUGGCUGCUGGAAGAGAGUAGGUGAGUCGUGUUUAGUCACUUUGCUAAAGAAAUUCAAAGUCAAAGUUAAAAAGAUGUUUGGUGGCUCGUGCUGUGGCUGGGACCCUAUAUGUACUGUUGAUGAAGUUAGGUGCUGUUCUGAGCAUUAUUUGUGGCUAUAGAGUGGCGUUUUGGUUAAGGUUUGUUUAUGGCUCCUUAUACCACUGUGUAUUGCUAUCAUGCGGUCAUUAGUAAAGUUGAUAUAACUAGAGAGGCAAGCAGUUGGCAACAUUCAUCUCUCGAGGGCGUGUCUAACUCGAUGUUAUAGUGUGUUUGACCCUAAAUUAAUUUUACACCAGAAUAUCCCUUUAAUAUUUGCUGGACUGUGAGAAAUUACAUUCAUGCAUUGUUGAGUGAGCAUUCAAAUGCCCCUAUUUGCCUUGUCUUUACGAUGAGACUCUGACACCUAGAAAGCAUCUGAACAACUGUUUUUGGAGGCUAAACCAAAGCUAGCUUGCCAAGCUAGCAAAUAUGCUAGCAGUUACCCCAACAGCUACCUCUACCAAAUAAUUCUGCCACUAAUUAUUACAUCUGAUGUCACGUUUUAGCUGUCUCUUUCUGUUUUAGUUUAUUUAGGAUUAAACUUGUCGUACAUUAUUCUUUUACAAGAAUAACAGAGUUCUGAGGUUAAGUUGCCUUUAUUUUUAGCUGUGGUGUUUUCCAAAUUACUACAACUUAAAAUGCUCGGCUGACAUGUUGAUCCCUAAAACUUUAGAGUCCAAGCUAUUAAGUUUCUACUCAACAAACUGGAAACAAACUUGACAUUUCAGUGGAUCCUUUCAAGGGUGCUACUACAAAGUUAUGUAAUGCUAUUAGUCUAAUUGUUACUUGAGUGACAUCAAUUGUAAACCUCUUGCCUCUGUGAAAAGGAAAGAGCAGAUACAACCUUGAAAUAAAGCUAUUCCGUGGCAUGUUGUUGUUAUUGUUGUUUCAAGGCAAAGAAAAAAGAAAAAAAGGAGCAGCAUGCAGCUGACAGAAAACAAAAGAGCAUCGACAGAGAAAUAGAUAGAGACAGAGGGGUGGACAGCCAGACACAGAGAGGGAAGAUCUGUAGAAAUACCAAACUGAUUAGCCAGUGUUUCUGACAUUUAAAUGCCACGUUUACAUAUAGAAAUGUUUCAUAGGAAUAUUAAUCACUCUAGUUAAUUCACAGAGAGAUGUGAAAAUGGAUCCUUUGGGCUUUUGACAGGAGAGUGGGGCAGGGAUAAAAGGGCUGUGAUGGACAAGUAGUGAAGUAAUGCUGGCAGAUGGUGUAUUAUUCACAUAAAUGGCAAUCUUGCUAAAACAGGUACCGCUGUUUGUUAAAAUAGAAGCCAAGUUUUAUCUGAAUACAGGUCUUACUCUCUUGCCUUGCCACGAUAAUACCUAAAAACUACCAUUUCUUUUGUUCACAUAGUGAUUUCAAGGCUCUGCAGCAUUUAGCAGGUUCUUUCAGGGUGAAUUUAAACAUCUUGCAACAUCAUCUUUUGAAGUCAAUGGUUUAAGCACAGCACAGCCCAUUGAGUAGACAUGUGAAAUCAUCUUGUCUCUUGAAACAUCAUCCUUUGGACUACUUGGCUAAAAUGCCUUCUCAACAUGUGGCACCAUUGUGCUUUGAUACUUGUUUCAAGUGCCUAGGAGCUUGAAUUCAUUCAAGCACUGAAUCACUUUGACAGUGACAUUUCAAGUCCGGGAUAAAAACCACACAGGGACGAGAAGAAAUGGAAAUAGUGAGAGAAGGAGGUUAUUCCAUCUUUGGCAUUUCGUGUUAGGGAACUGAAAUACGAUUUGGUCAAGGUCUAUCUAUCUGUCUUGCAAUGACAUUCAAUUUAAGUGAGCACGACAUGUGUUGGACAUAAUCUACUGAUAAAAUUUGCUCAGGUGCUCGGGUUUAUUAUUGUAAAUUAAAUGAGAAAGUGGAUGUUGCCUGCGGGUUUGCGUGGGUUACCAUCAUGAUUUUAAGUAGCCUGUGUGGAAUUGUCAUUCACUGACUGUAAAGGCAGACCACGAGUGGUCUCCUACUGCAAAGCUUUCAUUAACACAAUGCCAUCUUAAUCCGUCACGCUUGCUCCACGUGUUGCAAGGGUACUUAUAGGGUGAUGCUAACUUGCAAAUAUUUCUGUCAUGGUCUGUUUGCAUCUGUUGACAACCAGCUACAUGGAAACUGACACAAUGACAGGCCAACAGAAAGUCAAAUAGAUGAAGCGGAUGUGUGUAACUGUUACAGCAAAAGCCAGGUUAUUCAAAGAAAAGAAAAAUGAAUUCAUACAAACAAAUAAAAAAAUGACAUAUGACAAAAAAUGACAAGUGUAGUGUUCAAUUUGUUCAAGAUGAAGAAUUUUAUGGCCUUUCUGGUAAAACCGGGACAAGAUUUGUUCUCUCUUCAUCAUUACAAAUCUGUCCAGACUGCUGUGUCCAGGACCUCUUAGACUGUGGUGUAACUCAGAUCUCGAUCACACUCUCAAGAAAUUCAGAAGUAAAGCUACAAAGCUCCCGCAGCCUUCUGUCUCCAGUGGGUCCCAAAGGUCCUCCGAUAAGAGACAUUUUAACUUUUGAACUAGCUUCUUCUAGACUCGCACAUUUGAAGAAAUACUUCUUUCGAGAGUUUUCUGUCUGGUGGAGUGUAACAUGAGAAGUUCAGUGCCAAUCUUACAUCUGUUGUUUCACCUGCAGACGGUUGAUGUAGCUCAUAAAGAGGAUUCAAAUGAGCUGUUGAGCUAAGUGGUUGCUGGCUUGAUAUUUGUGCUGAAUUCUUCCUUAAAUUGAUUCUCAUCCACUGCAGACACCGCAGACUGUAUCACUUUCUGUGUGUGAGAAUUCAGUGAAUCCGAGGUAUGUAACCAGGGUUUAUGCUGUGUUCCAGUUACCUUAGAAGUUGGAUGUUGAAACUGGGAAUGAUGCUACACCCAAGUUGAUGGCGUUCUGGUAAACAAGUCGGAAAAGCAAGAUGGAUGCCUACUGUUUGCCGUUGUUAGCUGUUGUUCAUAAUUGUCAGCUGAUGUUUACAAUUGUCAGCUGUUGUAAGUUGUUGUUAGCUAUACCAGUUGUAAACAACGCAUGACACAGUAUUUUACUCUUACAAACACCAUGGCACCAUGUUCACAGUCACCCCCAAUUUCCACUGCAUCCAGAAUGGCUACAAAAAGGUUGUAUCCGCUGAUCGUAAUUGAUCCUAACCGUUCAAGUUAAUGUGUCAAUUUCCGCUGGCUUCUUUCCAUUCCGCUGCAGAUCACCAGACUCCGCAGCUGAUCGCAAAAGUUCAAUUUUUUUCGGACCCGGAGCAUGCUGGAUAAAUUCAGCACAGAUUAACCUGUGCUGGAAAGGAAGUCGGGCACAGACACAAAAUAAAACAUCCAGCUUCUUUUCAAAAUAAAACACUCUGUGUUUCAGGUGGAUCGUAUUUCACAUCAAGGAAACGGGCGGGGACGAACACUUGAAAGGUUUAUAGACGGCAUUUCAUCCCGAUGACACCAUGGAUGAGUAAAUGCUGAUUUUAUAAGUCUAGAAGUAGAUUUUCUCCUCUGGAAGGACACAAUCUACUGCAUAUGGUUAGCCUCUGUGGCUAAAGACAACUUGUUAUUGUGCAAUUUCAUGUGAAUCCGGUUCUUGUGAGUUCUCGCGAUUCCUGCUGUUCGUAAUCCGCCACGAAAUUCGCCUCACAAACGAAUCCGGUAGCAACUGGCGUACGGUGAAAAUGGCCACCUGUCCAGAUCGGAACCGUUCCGGAUGCGGUGUUAGAUGUUGGGCAGUACAACAUAUACCACUUAUUUAAGUUCACCAAAACAAAGAGUUGGACAUCUGACCUCAGGGGGGCGUUCCAGAUGAAUUUUCGACCUGAGUGUGGAAAUUCUAACUUCUGAGUACAACUGGAACACAGUGUUUUUCCUGUGGAAGCACUGUUACAAGGUUUAUGACCAAAGGCUGAAGUAAACCAGCCUUAUGGACAGAAUUUAAUGUAGAUCUAAGUGCAGACACUCAGUUGGAGUUGUGCAGUCUAUCUAUAGCUGAACGACUCAGACAUUAUGGCUAUUACAGAUAUGACUGAACAGUUUUGGUGUCAACAAGUGGACCUGAAAGGGGGAAUCAGGCAUAUAAUAUAGAGACACUUCCAUCCAUGGUCAUUGUUUUUUCCUCCAUCCCUGCCGUUCUUCUCUCUCUUCUCCUUUACUUUACUUUCCCCUCUCUCUUGCAUUUCUUGGCCUGAUCUUCCCUGCAGUCUUCCCUCUCUCUCUCUCUUAGCCCUAAGUAGCCACAAAUGGUCCCUAAUAGCCUCCAAUGGAGAUGAAUUGAUCGUAGUGUGAACCAAAUCGAUAGGAGAAUGCUUUUUGCAGCACACAGCGGGAUACGGUGCAGGCAGGCGGUCUUAAUUAAGUUAACAGUAAACCAAGAUUCCCUUCAGAGCUUUAUUAGAAGAGUUAAGUUUACGACGAAUACGGGAGUUUAAAGAAAAGUUACUGAACAAAGAGCAUAUUUACCUUGAUGUGUUUCUUAUUUGUUGCUACUGAGACGUGAUGCUCCCUCGCUGACUCAUAAAGUGUUUGUUGGACGUUUUUGCACUUCCUGUACCUGAUUUUUCUCCCCCUCUUUAUUCCACCCCUGCUGAUUUCUGUACCUCUUCUCCUCUCCCUUCUCUUCUCUCUCCUCCAACUUCUUCCUCCCCCCACCAUCCCUUCCAUUCUGUCGUUUAUAAUGGGAUGAGCAGCAGAAUUUGAUCAGCAGUUUUUUAAAGGUCACAGAACCAAGCGAAAAAACUCUCAGCCGGAGCACCGAGGGAGUGAGGGAGGGAAGGAUGAGACCGAGGAGGGUAGGGGAGGAGAGGUGAAAGCAAGAGAGGAGAAAAUGUGAAGGGAAGAUAACAGGCUGGUGGAGUGGAGGAUGCAGGUAAAGAAAGGAGAGGUUGAGGAGGAAAUGCUGCUAGGUAAGGAGACAGAAUAGGAGUAGAUGAGACAAUGAAGAAAGAGGAAGAAAAAUCAGCAGUAAUAAAAAGGAAUAAGGGAGGAGGCAAAUGAGGUAAUUUGUUGUUUUAUGACACAUCAGAUCUGGAAACAGAUGAAUGCAUAUUAAAUAUGUAGGAGAGGAGAAGAGGGAUAUGAGAGUACUUAGUGAUGAGGAAGGAGAAAUUGGAAGGGAGGAAAUGAGAAGAUAAGAGAAGAGAAGAAUGAGAGGCAUGUAGGAGCAGCAGCAGCAGACCCACACUGCAAAGAUCUGAUUGGCUGCCCCACGUCCAACAAAAAUAUCACGUACUGUAAUUGGUUAAUGUCCAACCCGAGGCAGGACUUAAUUCAAACAUGACUAAUAUUGCUGCCAUUACUAAAUACAACAUAACAAUAUUUUAUUAAAAACACGAGUCAGUCACUGUUUUGGAAUUGAUAUGGCUGAUGGGAAAGAUAUGUUUUCAUUUAUAAAAGAUGAUGGUGAAAUCUGGCUUUUUUCGAUGCGGUUACGAUGCUGAUAAUGUCAAAAAUCUGUGACAUUUCACUGAGAGGACCCAAGAGUGAGCAUCAGAUAGAUGUAGGUGCUGAUUUAGUUUUAUUAAAAAAAAAAGUAAAAAAGGGAAAUUCUUAGAAUUAAAGGGAUAGUCCGGCAUAAAAUUGAUUUAGGCCCUAAAUUAGUUUUACGUUGGAAUAUCCCUUUAAGAUAACUGAGAUUAUCUGGGAGAAGGAAGUUUGCAGGCUGGUGGAGUUACUGAGGGUAGCAUGGAGAUCAGUGUAAAUUUGUAAAGCAUGCAUUAGGGAAACCUUGAACAAUUGUUUAAAAGCACAUAAUAAAAAGCCUAGAUACCACUGUCAGACUCAUAUGAACUGCAGCUUGCAGGAGCCUGAGCAGGAACUUAAGAGCAGCUGCUGAUUACCACUGACGAGGGACAGCUGAGUCUCAUCAGAGUGAAGACCUCCUCACCACGCCCCCACCAGCCACUGCUGCACUGAAACCACUGUAAAUGUUCAUGUAUUUGUGUGUAAACCACCAAACUAGAUUUAAAUAGAUGCUACAAGUGUUAAGUGUUAAGAAUGUAGAAACAAAACUCAAGGCUGUAAUGUCACAACUGUAUGAUUCAUGCUAAAUAUGGUGCCAAAGUCAAGCCUCAUAUCUGGACACACCCUUCGGUAGGAGAGGAAACAAGGUGAAGAAGAAGGAACUGACAAUAACACAUUUCCGUGUCUCUCAGCCCCUUCCUCUCACUCAUCUCUUUUCCUUUCUUCCAAAACUGCCAAAUCUUAAUCACUCCUCCAUUUCUUCUUAUCAUCUCAUCUUUUUCUUCUUCCCUUUGAGAUAAAAGAGACUUUCAUCACUCUGCAGAGUCGAACAAUGGGAGCACAGUGCAGCUGUUUCCCUGUCUGGAGCAAUAAUAAUUCCUUGAUAUUAUUCCAUCAUUUAUUAUCAAAUAGCCCAAAAUCUCCUUUCAAAACUCACUGAAGACUCUCUGUCUCCCUUUCUGUCUCUACUCUCUGUGCUCUCUCCUCUGCCGUCCCUUUCAUCACCCUCGUCUCUUUGCUGCUGCCAGUCAAUCCUCCAAACAUCUCUGUGUCUUUCUCAAUCAUUUCAGUGACAUGUCUGAAGUCUAUGUGCAUUCAAAUGCACGUGCGCAGACUAAAACACAGACACAGAGGUUUUUUUUUUUUGAGGAAAUCUCUCCUCCACUCCCAGCAACAUCCAGUUUCUAUGUGUCUUUGCAAUUUUAUUCUCCAUUUCUAAUAUUAACCCUAAUUUAUUCCCAUCAAAUUGCAACAGUUAUCUGCAAAACAUCACAUUCAAGGAUUGUAGAUGUCAAUGUUUGAUGGCACCAGAUAGAAACGGUAAUUCUUUAAUGUUUACUUGAAUGAAUUUUACACCACUAAUCCACUGCACUUUCACUUUUGACAAGCAUAUUAUUAUCUUAUUUCUACACGGACUGAAUGAGAUGCAGUGAUGUGAAUUAAUGCUUGCUUUCAGUCGAACUUGAAGUUAACUUUGCCAGUGUUUAAAAGAAAUAAAAGAAAAGUAAGGUUAAGAAUCUAACAAAAAGACUGACGUGAAAAGUAAGUGUGGGGGAAGAGAUUGAAAAAAAUCCUCCAUAAUGCGACACAGCCGCCAAUCCACCAUUACAUGAAGACUAUUUAAGGAUUGAUUUUAUGUAAGCUGCUGGUGAUGAGAUGUAGACUCGCGACUAAACUCUAGUCUCUCUUCUUAAAUCUGGAGUUGAGCUGUAAAUAAUGGGAGCACACACAAAAGCAGUCUUGACUCGAUUGGAAAACAACAUCAUCUUGUUUUAGAAAAGAGUAUAGCAGUCUAAUCCAGGACUUAUUGUAAAAUCUGCCAUUGUUGCAAUUGGCAACGGAAUAGAGUCAGACCUUAGUUGCUUACUUUGAGGACUAUUUAACCACAAUGCUAAAAUAAUUUCGCAGUUAAAAGACAUAUUCUACAGUUAAUUCAAACACUCUGGGGCUCUGGGGGUCUGGGGGUGGAGCUUCGAAUUGUGAUGUAUGAAAUCUCACUGUAUCUGAUCCUGCCGUUUGGGUCUGCCAGAGAUUCACCGCAAUUUGAAUGCAGAAAUACUCAGAAAUACAAGUUUGUACUUAUUUUUCUCAUGAUAUGCCCUGUAGCAUCAGAAAAAUGCCAUAUGAACAUGUAGACAACAGGAAAAACAUGAUUUUUAUCUGAGUGGGUCUUUAACUUUACUUUGGUUGCAUUGUAAAUUCACUACAAACUUUAAACAUUACAGCGUUUUUAAAGCCAAAACUAUCUGUUUGGUUUGAAUAUCCAGCUGUUUGUAUUUUGCCCUAUAGGAAUUGAUUUACUCAGUUGAUACUACAUUAUUUUGUUCCUACAAAAAUAGACUAAAUACUAUGGGAACAGAAAACAUGACAGUGAUGGAUGCAUUGUUGCUCUUCAGCUGGGUCGUCUAACUACUGCAUUUUUCCAAACUUGUGCCAAUAUGAGCACAGGCAUCCGUCUAUGCUUACAACAGUAACAGUUUGGUUGCUGAGGGAUCCUGAGCUGGCACAAGACAGAUUGACAGGAGGAAGUUUGUUUGUGGUGCGCUGCAAAGCUUUCUCAAACUCACAGACAUGGGUACAGUAAGUCGCUCUUCAUUGUAGAAAUGAGAGUGGUUACUUGGCUCUGUAAAUAGUUAUGGAUGGCUGCUGCACAAACAAAACUGUUCUAUGAGUGGAAACUCGUCAUUUGCAACAAUGAUUGUUUCAGCAGAAUCUAGGGCUGGGCGAUAUGGUCUCAAACCAAUAUCACAAUAUAUUGAGCAGUUCACUUCGAUAAUGAUAAAUGGACGAUAACUACUCCGUAAGCUGCUCACCCCCUCCCACUCUAACUUCAGCUACUUCAGCUACGACUUUUGAACUGUCCCUCUUUGUUACAGACUGGAUGGGAUGUAGUAACAUCUCAAGCGUAGGACAGCGUUUUUAAGGUCGUGUUCACACCUAAAGGUCCGUUUCCUGAUUUGAAUCCAAGGCAAGACGAUACAUUUGUUUUGAUUGUUUAACUGGUCCGGUUUGCGUUCACAAAGGACAAACUCAAUCGCUCCAGAAAACGGAACCGGAAGUCACGUGACCGCGAAUAUCUUUCGGUUAUUGGUCAUUAGUUUAUGCGGGAAUACAAACCCCGCUCUGCUGUCUUCGCCUGUCAUGGAGCAUCGUAGGCUGAUUUUGCUUUUGCUACUCAUCUGGAGCGCAUAUCUAAAGACGCUAGUCGAUCGCACUUUUGAAUAGCUCGUUAGCCAAGUGGAUGUGCGGCAAACAACAGACGGAUAAAGAAAAGCGGCGUCUGUGUGGUGCGUUUCCUGUGAUUGGUGUGGAUGACGUUCACACCAGAAAUGAACCGCUCUAGAGUUCACUUGAUAGCGGUCUGAGACCACAUCUUCAGGCGGACCAGAGUUCGUUUAUUUUGUCCGCACCAGAGUUCGAGGUCAGCGUUCACACAGACCCAAAUGAAACGCACUAAGGGGGUUAACACUCCAGGGUUCGGUUCAACUGGACUAAAUGAGGGUGGUGUGAACGCGCCCUUAGGGACAUUAGACCAUAGCCUAGCUACACUCAUCCAAAACCAACUUUAAUUAAUUAAUUUCUUUUGACAAUGAGUAUAUUGACAUGAGCAAAAUGAUUCUUGUUGGUUAGUGUCGUAAAUUUCGGUAUUGAUAAAUUUUCGGUUUAUCGCCCAGCCUUAGCAGAACCUACAAAUAUUUAAAAUUAACAUGUGUAGCUUUUUCACAGGUGAAUACACAUACCUCAAUAGAUAAAGCUGAAUGUGACCUUGCCCCUACCUGUGUGCCUUUAGCAGCAGAACUAAAAUGAACAUCUCAGUUGGCGGCAUCAAAGCCCAUCACAGCACCUCCCACAGGACUUGGCUAGCCAGCUUGAAGCUCCACCUGUACGGAGCUGAGGCUUUCAUCAGUCGCACAUAUCACAAGCCUGCCAUACCUGCUAACAUUGUUGCAGCUAGCAAGUGUAACUGUCUGCAGCUCUCCAUUUUCCCUCCAAUCCCCCCAAGAGUCAGAGCUGCUGAAAACCUGGUUGACUUCACACCCCCAUAUGAAGCUUCUGUCAUUUUACACAUGCAAUGAAUGCUGGGAUUGAUGCAGUGGGGGCUGUGUGCAUGCUUUGUCUGUCAGUGACAGUGACUUUAUUAUAAAGACUGAUGAACUGGAGCAUCUGGAUGUGGCUCUUUUGCAGCUGAGCCAUGUCAUUACAAGUGAACAGUCGUGCUUGUUCUCAAUUUGUCCUUCUUGAGCAUCCGUAGUUACUCAGGUUAGAGCAAUUUAAAUGUUUUGCUGACUCAGUUGUGUGUUCUAAUAACCAAGGGAAAUCAAUGCAGUUGUUACCUGUAGUGUAAAAACAACUUCUCGAAUCCCACUAUCUAAAUUUCUCUCUGGGACUUUUGUUUGUUUGAUGUUUUUGUCUUUUUUUGGCAGUGUGUGAGUCCCAGCUGGAGUAAAGACUGUUAAUAUUACUGUUGAUGAAAGAGGGGCCCCCAGGGGCCUCUGUAAUGGGCUGGGAGGCCUUAUAAUGGCCUCAGUAUUGGUGUGUGCGUUUGUUGCUGUGUGUGUUCGUAAAAGAAGCAUAAUUGUGGCAGUAUAUAAUUGUCAGUGAGAGGGCACAUUUUUACAAAAUCAAAAGAAACCAAAACAAAGAAACACAAAGAUGGAGCUUGUCCUGCACAAAAAGGCACAGACACACACACAAAUACACACACAAAAAAAAAACAAUGUCUCGCACACACACACACACAACCACACACACACACUCACACCAUUCAUGCACUGUGGUGCCAGCUGAGCCCUGUGUGUCCAAUAACAGCAGGUGCUGUCAAGUGCAAGCACAGCAGACCUGCCCUGACAUGUGAACACACACACACAAAUCCCAGACACACACUCACACACCCCAGACACACACGCUAACACACAAACACUUGGGUGCAAGUACACAACAUUCAUCCAGCCCUCCUCUGCUGUAACUCUCACAUCCAAUAAAGACUCUCGGAGUUUAACCUAAUGUCUGGUAGAAGCAGUUUAUACAAGGUUACAGUUGAUGUGUGCGGGAAAGUGUGUGUCUGUGUGCAUGUGUGUCUGUGUGUAUUCCUGCUAUUUGGUUGUGAAAGGCUGUAAUCUUGCCAUAUGGUCUCACAUUAAGGCCCUCUAAGCGCAGCUAUCCAGAAGUGUGUGUGUGUGUGUGUGUGUGUAGACAAAGAGAUGCAAACAAAGCCCUUUACCCCUUUACAAAACUUCCUUUGUGUAUGUGUGGCUAUAUGGAGACAUAAUAGGUAUAGCUUUCUUUCCUUUUCCUUCUUUCUUUCCUCCUUUUUCUUUCUUUCUUUCUUUCUUUCUUCCUUUUUCUUUCUUUCUUUCUUCCUUUUCCUUUCUUUUUUCUUUUUCUCUCUCCUUCUUUCUUAAUUUCUUUCUUCCUUUUCCUUUCUUUCUUUCUAUCUUUCAUUCUUUUUUCUCUCUUUCUCUUUUUUCUUCCUUUUUCUUACUUUGUUUCUUUCUUUCCUCCUUUCUCUUUCUUUCUUUCUUUGUUUCUUUGUUUCUUUUCUUCUUUUUCUUUUUCUUUCCUCCUCCUUUUUUUCUUUCUUUUUUUCCUUUAUUUCUUUAUUUCUUUCCUCCUUUUUCUUUCUUUCUUCCUUCCUUCCUUCUUUCUUUGUUUUUCUGUCCCUCCUUCCUUUUCCUUUCUCUCUUUUCUCUGAACUAUGAUUUUUUUUCCUUGUAUUACCUUCUUUUUUUCCUGUCUGUCGUUAUAGUUUCUUUAUUUUGUGAACAAUUUUUUCCUUUCCUUUUUGAGCACAGUUUCUUUUACUGGUUUCACUGUUUAGUUUUUUUCUUUCCCUUUUUACUUUGUUUUAUUUUUUCUUUCUUCUCUAAUUUUUCUAUCUUUGGUAAGCAUUAUCCCUUUUUCUUUGAAAUGACUUGUUCAGAAUUUCUUUAUUCUUACUGCUUUGUUGUCCUCUCUUUUUUCAUUUAUCUUCUGUUUUUAAUCCUCGUACGUGCGUGCGUGCGUGCGUGCGUGCGUGUGUGUGUGUGUGUGUGUGGUGUGUGUGUGUUAAUAUAUUUAGCAGUGCCAUAUCGGCCGCUGUGCUGACUUCAUUAACUAUCUCAGCAUGAAGCUCAGCAACUGAAUAAUAAUAAACCUACAACACACACACACACACACACACACCCUCAAGGGCCAAGCACUAAAGCAUUGAUAACUGAUUACAGUUUACUUCAUUACUAUGUGAAAGUGCUAAUUGUAAAUAGAUCCUCAUUAACCCCAUAAACCAUCUAGAGAAUCUGUCAGUAAGGAUUUCAGUCAGCAACAGUUUAGCCUCAAUGCCUUCAUAUAAAGUAAAGAUUCAUAUUUUAGCCGAGAAACAUUCUUCUAUUUGUAUCUAAUCUAGAUCUGUGAUAUUGAUCUCUACUGAAUGAUUUAGUGCAGAAUAAAGCUCUCUGAAUUGAUGCACUGAAUUACUCAAAAAUAGACCUACUGCCCUUUUGGGAGUAACGACUUAACUCCAGUCCUUAAUCCAAGUUGUAAUUAUGAUUUGUUAAAUAAUUACCCAAAGAAAAGUCUUGCUCAAAGCUCUUCACGAUCACUGAAAGAUAUUAUAGAAGGAAUGCGAUUCAUCCAUAAUAUGAAACACAAAGUGCUUUACAGUUACUAAAAACAAUCCCACUUGCCCUUCCACCCAACCACCCUACCUCCGCAACCAUACGACUGACAGUCAAGAGUCGUAUACACAGUCUCACCCCAAAGCCACACACAUACACACACACACCCUGCAGAGUACAGAUGAACCAGUUGAGAGAGCACCAUCAGAGGAGCCGUCUGCACCAGGAGGAGAGAGCUGUCCACAGCCACAGGACACUGACUCAGGGCUCAGAGGAGAGAUGUAGCAGACACAACCUCCCCCAGAACCCUGUGACAGUCAGGCUCCUGCAACCACAUCCGACCACUGCUCCUGUUGUAGAGGGGACUCCCCAGAGGAAACACUUGGGGUCCUAAAAUUAUCUCUGAAAAAUGAAAGCAGGAGGACAAGUCAAAGAUAGUGUUCAUUUCUCACUGAAGUACUCUCAUUCUGCUUCCUCCUCCUUUUACUUAACUUGAACUUAUCAUCCUCUCACUCUUUCUGUAUAAAUGUCCUUCACUGUGGGCCACCCAAAAUGGCAAACCUGAAUCUUACUCAUGGCUUCAGAUGUCUGAUUUCUAUGUGAUUGGAUUGGUUGCACGUGACCUCUCAUAUGCAGUAUAUGUUGAGGUUGAGUGUGGUUCCUGAGUGGCAGUGUUAAGCAAUUAGCACACGCACUUUAAAUUGGGUUUUGAUUGAAAAAACUGUGUUUUGUGUUCUGUCUUUGCGUAUUUAAUUUCAGUAACAGUCUAUUAUUUUUUUUAUUUCAGUUUUAAAACAAUCGUUAAAAAAACUCGAAGCUAUUUCAUUUUUGGUUAAUAGAUGAAUUGUUUUGUUCAGAAAAUAAAAGAGUUAAAACAAAUUGCAGUCAUGUUUUAUCCUCACCCGUGCUGAUGUCUUUAAAUUUUUACUUAUCUAGUAACCUAAUGUAAAAAAUGUCAGUCUUUUUAUGAGAGAGAACAGCAGCAAAUCCAAAUAGUUGAGCAGGUGAAACAAUCAACUUUAAUUGUUUGAAUAUUAAAUUGAUUAUCUAAAUCUUUAAUAUUUUUUCCCCCUAAAAAGUCUUUUCUUUUUCUCAAAUGAGACUUUUUUUUUUUGUUAUAUCGCGCUGACGAACACUGUUUUUUCAAAAUUUUAAGUAUUACCUUAGUGCUUUUCUCCCCUGUCUACUUUAAGUGUUGGUGAUCACCCAUUACAAAUUUUUCUUAGAAACACAACUACACUUGAUUGUCUGUUUUUUAGUUUCUGAUUUGUUGUUCCUCAUCUCUAAUCUACUUCUCCUCUUCCUCCUCCUCCUCCUCCUCCUCUCAGGUCAGUGUGUUGGAGCGUCAGGUUAUUGAUUUCCUGGGCUACCAGUGGGCUCCCAUCCUCACAAACUUCCUCCACAUCAUCGUGGUCAUCCUCGGCCUGUUUGGCACCAUUCAGUUCAGGCCCAGAUACGUCACAGGGGUAGGUAUCACACACUAAAAGUAACCAUCACUUGAUCAUGUGACAGCAAUUUUUGAUAUCUGUAUUUUUCCUUUGGCUUACCUAUUGUUUUCAAGGACAGAGAAACGUUGAAAAGUUGCACAAAAAGGGGCUGUCUUUUGUUUUGGUGUUAUUCAAGUCUGAUUUGUGGCUAUGACAAGAUGUGAUGUUAGUAUCUUUAACCACACCUUAGUUACAGGGCAGUCUGAAUUAUAUUAACAUAUUCACUCAAAGCCUAAAGAACGCUCUCAAAGAAGAACAGCUGAAUAUCUAAACAGUUCAUAACCCAGUGUACAUUAAUUAUUAAAAGAAAUGCUUUCUGCUGGAUCAAUUCCACUUAAAAACAACUCACAUUUGCAGCUUAAGUCAUAGCAAAGCACAGCCCAUGACAAACUGGGAAUAUGGUUUAUACACAGCUAUAUCUUAAUGUUGUAAAUAGGGUAUCAACAUUGAAAAAUAUAUAAAAUAUCCUCACUAACAAUAAUAAGGAGCAGUGCUGCCUUAUUUACAGUUCAUACUUUGUUAAUCCUGAGAUCCUGAGAGGGUGCUGUGCUGGGGGUCAGAAGGGGACAAGAAAGCCACAGAAUGCACCAAAAAUACAUAUAGUGUCUGAGGCGCACUGGAUUAUCCACAGUCUAAAACCAGCAAGAGAGAAGUGCAUACAAAAAGAUAUUCAGGUUAAUAAUAAUAAUAAUAAUAGAUUUUAUUUGUAACGCACUUUACAUUUAAAAACAAAUCUCAAAGUGCACAGUAAAAACCAAGCAACAGGGCAAAACAAUAAAAAAAACAGUCAGCAAAAAAAAAAUUAAAAAAAAAAAAAAACAGUCAGGUUAUGCAUUUCUUUCCCACUCCCUCUCUUUGUUUGAGUGACAGUCGGUGUCCUCUUCUUUAGCACCAUGGACAGUACCACAUUUACCCCCUAAAAGGCCUACUUGUACACAAAAUUAAUUGAACCAAUAACAUGCAGGUUAGACAUAAAUGGUGAUGCAUUCAAUCCCCCCGUUAAUUGGCCAAAUGCAUUAACCAGUAUCAUCAGACUCAUCACUCAGCACCUUCACCCUCUAUCCAAACAUCUUUGACCUGCUUUGGGUCCAGCUGACCUAAGGUCUGGUGACAUGCACACAACUUCCAUGCUGCAUAACCUGGCCGUGAUCUGACCUCUCACUCUCUAAAAUCAAGAUUGAAGUAUUCCUUUAAGUAGGAGAACAAGACAUUUAAGCAGAAGUUAAGACAAUAUGGAAAAAGAGCAGAUGAUAAAAUAGAUUGAAUCUGUUCUUGUCGUCUGCUGUUGUUUCUUAUUUAUGCUUCUGAAGUUAAGAUUACAUAAUAUUGAAAAUAAACUGAAUACAUUUAGAUUUUCAUUCUGACACAGCAGGUCCAAUCCAGUAGGUGGUGGUUCUUGUCUUGGAAGUUCAGAAUCUUGUUCCAUACACUAUAAAAACCCCUGGGUUAAAAAAACAACCCAACUUGGAUUGUUUUGAACCCAACACAAGGGUUGAAAAGGGACCGACAACUUAUUUUGACCCAGAAUGUAGGGUUAUUCAAAUUAACCAAAAUUUUUGGUUGACUCAAUAACUCUUUUCAACCCAAUCUUCGAGUUAAUUUGACACAUGAUCUUGGGUUAAAUUGAUAUAUGAUAUAUUUGAUAUAUUUGGGGAGCUUCUUUUGGGAGCUUUGCUUUUACAACCUGUACCCUAUUUUCCCAUGUGCUUUUAUCUAACUGAUUGGUGGGAAUCAGUUGGAUAAAAGUACAUGGGAAAAUAAGGUACAGGUUGUACCUUAGCUGUUUCGGUGUAUUGACUGUGGGUAUUGAAGCAACCAUAUAUCCCUCAGCCUGUUCAUGUAAUCCUGCUGGUAAGGGCUACUGGAAUAGUACCAUCAUCUCAUGUCCAUUGCCUUCUCUUUGUUGUUCCAGUAGCCCAUUUCUCAUCACAAUGCCCUGGUUCCUUGAACUGGGUUACAAUAGAAUCCAUAUGACCCAAGAAAUGGGUAUGGACCUGAAAAAUAACCCGAGUUUUUAGAUUGUAAAUACUAGAACUUGAUGAUGAACUAAAUUGUUACAAAAAAACUUACUUUCAGUGGAAACACCAGCACAAACUUUGCUCUGUUUUCAUACAAGAGUAAACUUAAAUCUCAUUUACAUCUGCAGCCCCUUAUGUUACUCCCAUACAUAUCAUGCUGUGUGCUCCAUGAGUUUUAUUUGUUUGUUUGUUUUUCAAUUUUUAUGAAUGAUUUAUUUUUUUGUUAAAAAGGGAAUGUCUCUCAGAUGCAUGAGAGUAAAUCCCCAUAACAAUAAAUCUGGCUGGAGAAAAGUAAGGAAUAGGUUUUCAAUCCAGUUCUCCCAAAUAUUGCCAAUGCUCCACCAAUUGCUAUACAUACGCCAGUGAGUGUGCAAUCGUCUCAAACACACCAACACACACAGAAGAAAUUUAGUGGGACUAUCCAGAUAAUUAAAGUGUUAUCUGAGCUAGUUCAUUCUGCUUUAGUUGCAUCAUUUAUUCAGUUUUCCUGCUCUCUCUCCUUCACAUACACAGUCACUCAAACACAUGGUUACAGCCCUGCUUUCUAUUUUCUUUCCCUGUCUGGUUUGAUCCAGGUGAUUGGUUGCUCUCUCUGCUAUUGUUUUUGUAUCUCUGCAUAUCAACUGCAUCAAAGUGAAGCCCCCCUCUGCCUUUUCUCACCAUCCGACCAGCUCCAAAUGCUGCACAUGGACAAGCUUUUUUUAAUUUUUCCAGCAAAAUCCUGUCAGAUCUCAUCAAACCUUUGUCCUCUCUUUGUUUGACUCUGCAGUACGCAGCCUGGCUGGUGGUGUGGAUGACCUGGAACGUUUUCAUCAUCUGUUUCUACCUAGAGGUCGGAGAUCUGUCCAGGGUAAGACGCCUUCAAAUUGGCUCAUUUCUGCUUUCUUGCUCAGUCGUCAUGGCUCUGGAAACUCUGGUAUAAGUGCCUUUCAAAAAGGGCUCACUAGACGACCCCUUUCUGGCUUAUUUUUCUCUUACUUCCUUCUGCUAUUUGUUCUUAACUGGACCCAGAGUCUGUGAUGAGAUCCAUGUAAUCUUAGCUAAGCUCAUAAUGUUUUUUUUCGUUGCAUCGGACUUCUCUCCUUGUCCGCGUAUACAUGCAGCUGAGAAAAUUAAAUUAUUGAUGUGAACAUGUCCUCCUCCCCAAAACUAGGGGGUGAUAUGGGUCUGACCCAACAACAACAGCAGGUCUGGGCCAGAUAUCAGAAGUGGCUACGACUGCUGCUGGGCAUUUUUGAGCGAGAAGAUGGAGCAUCAUAAAGCGUUAUGUAUGUCAUACAUGAUGUAUGCGCUGCUUUUUCUGCAGAUGAGGUGCACGCUACUCCUCUCUUCGUGUUUUGUUCCGGGGCUACAGGGGCGUGGCACAUGCACGCACGCAUUGUCCUAUCAUACUCUGACUACGCUGGUUACACGGUAGAGAAAAUCGAAUUCCCAUUAUCUGGGUGUCUUAAUCGGAUCUCUGAUUAUAGUCAGACUAAGGUGUUUACAUGCACUUCAGUUGUCCACUCUUAAUCUGAGUUAGGCAAUAAUUUGGUCUGAGCCUCUCAAUCUAUACUGUCAUCUUUUUGAGAUUCUCUCGGCAAACCAAAGGAAAACAAACCCCUCUUUGUUGCAUUAAUCAACAACUGUGUGGUUCAGUCAUAUCUGUCUGUUCAACAAAAAAACGAGGAUUUAUGUCACUGCUUUGACCACAAGUGCUGAAAUUCUGACGGGAAGGGUCAUAUGAUUUAAGAGUGAAUUUACUGUACGUUCAUCACAGGGGUCGAGACCCUGUCAGCUCCUUUUAUAUCCCCACAGUCUGCAUGCUGACAAAGCUAUACUUGAUAGAUGUAAAUAAAAUUAUACAUGCAGCUAUUAAACUAUGAACACAUUUUCAAUAUCUGAAGAGUGUAAACACAUACUUUUGUCGGUGUAAUUUACACAGAUGGCAUCAGGAAGCUUUGUUCAAACAUAAUUUAAUUUUGACAAACUGAUUUGUGUUGACUUUUAUAAAAUGGAAGCAUUAUGGUUUAAUGCCUGUGUGGAGAAUGAACACUGAAAGAGAAGUGAGACGUUAAUUUAAACUGUUCAUGUAUUUUCAGACUCACUUUACAAGGGUUUAGCCUCUCAGCAGUACAAAUGAGUUGAUUUUAAAUACUGAUUACCAACUAGGACUAUUAAUUAGAGCCAAUCAGUGCUUCUAUAAACAGAAAUCUGUUGAUGGGAGGAUUGAUUAUGGCUGAUUAAACUCUGUGGUGAGGGGAUAGAAACCAGACACAAUCUACUCAAAAACACACAUUUUAUCAAGUGUUGGGCAACAUAUCUGCUUUCAGCAAUUGUAAGUUUAGCACACCAUAUCGUCUAUCCUAAUACCUAUCCUCUGGUUAUUUAAAACAUUUCAGUGCAACUACUGUUAGUUUGUUUUAAAUCCGGCUGCCACAUUUUGUACCAAACUAAAAUAUACAAACCUGCAUGCUGUUUUUGUAGACUAAAGAUCAAGUUGGAAGUUCUUGGAAAAGCUGUAAAAUUGUGGUUCAAGGGUGAAAAAUACAGAGUCAAACGAAUUUCUUCAGCAAAUUCAUUAUUUAUAGCCUGUCAUGAAUUUAUAUUAGUUUAAUAUUUCUCUUCAUUUUAUAAGAAAACAAUUUGCCCUCCUGACCGUAAUCGCCACAGCUGGUUUCUAACAAGGGUGAAGCCGCCACUUAAUUAGAGACACCUUUAUCAAUUACCUCUUGACCAAUCAGAGAACAGCAUGCUGGAACCAGAUGCCGAACAGCUUGUUUGUAGAACCGGCACAGUUUGUGUGCGCCUCGCUCAAGGCCGCAUCAACCUUGACCCAGUUACUGAGAGAGAAGGGAGCCGCUUCCCCUCUGUGCCCACAUCCACCAGCUGUUGUAUGAGAUAUGAAUCCAUCAUCUCCCCUUCUAGGUCUUGUUUACUGACCUGAGGGCUAUUAUAACACCAGACCACAUGUGGAGCAAGUGUAGGUGUGUGCGCAAAUCCAGACAUGAAGUUCAGAAAAUGAAAAGCCAACCCCCCCAUAAAACAAACAAACAUAAAAAAAAAAAACGAUUGACAACAAAAUAAAAAAAAAAAACUAUCCAUCAGCUUGAAAACAAGACAGAAUAUAAUGUCUUUAUUAUCUUUGCACAGCACAAAGAAAUCCUCCAUCCUCCUCCCAUUGGUGCCAUUAAAUCUUAAUGUGCAGUGAAAUAUGAACUUAAGAUAUUUUUCCUUUUUCAUAAUAAGAAAUUUAAGUUUUUAAUUAAAUCUUGAAUUAAUUAUCCAUCUUUUAAUUAAAGGUUUUCUUGAGCAGUCCUUAUGCAUGUGUAGAUUAUUGUCUACUUAUUAGUUUGAUGGAUUGUUCUACCUAUUGAUAAGUUGGAAAGGAUAAGGUGAUAAGCUCCAUCUUAUCUAAUAUGCUAACAUGUUAUUAGUUAACAAAACAAUAAAUAAAAAACCUUUAAUUGUGUAUUCUAGAAAAAAUCUGUUACUAUGAACUUAAAUAGACAACAGGCAGUUAUAAACCAGCGAGAAAAGAAAUGACCAAACCCGCUGAUGUGCUCAAAUUUCUUCUAACAGAGUAAGCGCUAACAUUAACAAACAGUUUGAAAUGGGAUGCCAGGUUAUUUACUUUUAGCUAGUGCAAGAGUGCGAGAGACAAUUAUUUGCAGACUCGAGGGCAACUAAUUCUCUAUUCUGUUGUUGACAAUAUAAAUAGAUAUGUGUCAUUCAAGUUGACUAAACACUCAAUAGAUGGCACCAGAACAACAAAUCAGUGUAAGAAUUAAUGUCUAUUUUCACCCCUAUAGGCUAAAAAUACCAGUCAGUUGAGAGUGUAGCUCUGAUGACCGUCUAUUGUCAUACUGCUCUCUGAUGUAAACAAGCUAAUUGGCAAUUUCCGCUGCAUCCGGAACGGCUAAAAAAAGGCCGUAUCCGCCGAUCAUAGCUGAUUGUGACCAUUCAAGUUAAUGUGUCGAUAUUCACCGGCUUCUUUCCGUUCCACUGCAGAUCGCUGGACUCCACAGCUGAUCACAAGAGUUCUAUUUUUUCCGGACGCUAGAGCAUGCCGGAUAAAUUCAGCACAGAUAAGUUCAUGCUGGGAAGGAAGUCUGAUACAGACACAAAAUAAAACGUCUAGCUUCUUCAAAAUAAAUCAGAUUUCACACCAUGCAAAUAGGCGGGGACAAACAAGUGAAAAGUUUGUAGUCAGCAUUUUACCCCAAUGAAGGAGAUGCUGAUAUCACAAGUCUAGAGGUAGAAUUCCUCCUAUGAAAGGACACAAUCUGCUCCUUAUAUGGUUAGCCUAUGUCGCAAAAGACAACUUGUCAUUGCGCGAUUGCAUGCGAAACCGUGGGUUCUUUUGAGUUCUCGUGAUUCAUGCUGUCCGUAAUCCACCAUGAAAUUCGCCUCACAAACGGAUCUGGUAGGAAUUGGUGUACGGCAAAAAUCACUGCCGUUCUGGAUGUGGUUGAAAUCCCUGGUUACACUAACAGAUCGUAUCUCAUAGUGCAGUGCAGUUUAGCUGUUUUUUGAUCUAGUAAAUGACCUUUAGAUUGAAUGUUGGCUGUUUCUGGUUAAACAAGCACUCAACCAAAGCCAUCGGUAGCCAUCACAGGAAUAUAGGUAUUAACCUGUUUGUGGUACUAGCUCUGCUAGUGUUAGCUGCACUUAACAAACCAAACUGACAUUUAAUAACCUCUAUUCAUCUUCAUUAUAAAGUUGACUGCCAAAAAUAUCAACUGCAGUUUUGGAUUUAGGUCAGUAGAGAUACAGGCUAAGACAGAUCAAAGAAGAAGAUAAGUCUAUGCCACAGUGACAUACUUUUUCUGCUUCGUCGUGCCUCUUUAUACGGCAUAUACCCCUCACUGAGCAAACUGGAUCAGAAUGACUCGGUGGUGUUUGAAAAGGGUAAUGAUGGUGCGCUCUGUGAUUCAAGAAUACUGUGAUGUAAAUGAAAAUCUCUUAAUCUCCCUCUCUGCUGCUUUCAGCUUCCCCUCUUUUGCACCCUCUGAUUCUCCCUCCUCCUGCGCCUUGCCUGCUUCAUCUCCAUCUAAUUCAUCCCUCCUCUCCCUGCGUUCAGCCUGUAAUCAAGCCUGUAAAGUACGACGUCAGUCUGCUCCAUGCUUCUCUUCACCUUCUCGCCUCCUUUUCAUUCACCCUCCUUCUUCCCAUUUUCAAUGUCAAGACUGGAGGAAAUAUGUGCUUGUCAAGAAGCCCUUCGCUAUUUGUGGUCAAUAGCAAUUCACAGCGCAGGCCUUUAUGUAUUGCUCAGUACUGAGUGCCAAUUUAACACAUUACUUUACACACUCAGGCCAUUACUUCUGGGUCACAGGACAAAAGUGUUUGCGACAGACUCCAUUUUUCUUCAUUACAGAGAUCUGACAACUUUCUGUGUAUGAAAGAGUCAGAGAAUCAGCCUCGCUUUGAUUUGCGCUGCGUUAUCAGUGGCUCUUGGAUAUUUGCUGUUAGCUUUGAUGUAAUUUUCCAGUGCCAACACCCUGUUUUUUUCCCGACAAAUAAAGCAGAUAUGUGAUAUCUCCAGUGCCAGCAGGGAAUGUUUAUUACAAAACUGAUCAGACUGUCAGUGAGUUAAGUGAAUGCCAAGGGUCAGGGCUGACUUUUUUUUUUUUUGUAAUAAAAGAUACAGGACUUUUCUACAUUUGGAUUUUGUAUAAAAGAACAAAAACAUCACAGACAAGGACAGCAAGUCUUUUCAUGGAGAGCAUGCAAUCUGUCAUUUCCAGGGAACAGAACACUCCUCAGUCUACUAGAUGUGCAGCACAUGAACCGCAAAUACUCUCUGUGUUUGAGUGAAUGAAAGUCAGGAAGAAAAAAAGUGUGAAAUUUGCCAAACCUCUAUGACAUUUCUUCUUUAUAUGAAAGCCAACCCCAAUGCCAGGCAGAGUUUGUUGGUUCAGAUGGAAGUCCUGAUGUUAGUCUGAAACCAGAAGGACACAUGUCAGGAACUGGCAGAUUGUCGCUGUUUGCUAAAUUUGGAUAGAAUUUAUUUCCAACUCACUCUAAAAUUAAUUUCAACCCAGUGACUUUAUGACAGUGUUACUUUGCUAGUUUUGGAAAAGUCCUUGAAGAAGUGUUUUCACAGGUUUCUCCUCCUUGUAAUGAGUAAACAGAAGUGUGAUAGAACCACAGAACAAACAAUAUAAUAGUCUUUGGGUCUCCCUCUCCAUCUCCAAAGUCAAAAUUUAGUCAAUGCUAGACUCUAAGUCAGAAAUGUUCAAGUCCAAGUCACAAGUCCUGAAAAUAAGGACUCGGGUCAUUACAAGUGUUGGAUUCCUGUACUGUCUAGGGGUGGAAGGACACAAUGAAUUUUCAAGCAUAUUUAUUUACAAAAUUACUGUAAUUAAAGGUGGGGUAGGCAGGAUUCCGUUAAAGAAGCAUCUUUUAUUGUGGUGUAUAUACAAAAAAGCUUUUAAUAUCAGUCAAUAGCUAUUAGUUAUUGAUGACAUUUGGUAAUAUAACGAUAUCGCUGUGUUUUGUUAUGAUGUGUUGUCAACAUUUCACAUUUUUUGAGUGGCCCGCUCUUUCUGACUGUAAACAAAUCCAUUUUCCGCUUCCCCCAACCUGAUUGGUUUUGAGGCAGAUGCUGCUCCUUAGUGCUGAUUGGUUGUGAAGCGGACGCUGCUCCCAUGUGUUGUGAGGCGAGCUCCACGUCCUCGAAUAAAGUUCACAAGCCCAAACAAAGUUCGUGCUACUAUAUCGGACAGUAGAAAGCAACCAGAAAAGUACAGAAAAUUGUCUGAAUCCUCCUUUGGCCACGACUGCAAACACAAGCAAGAAAACAAAGUAAAUACUGGAGACCCCGGUGGAAUAACAGGCGCUUAAAGCGGAGGUAGACAAGACAAGAGCUAAGAAGCCAGGUCGACGGGGGACCUGGAUCUUGUAACCUUUCUGCUGGACAAGUAAACCACUUUAACAAAGUAAACCAAGUGUAACAGAAGUGUUUCUUGACUAACGGGACCUGCUGCGUGUCGUAGUGCCUCUAAACUGUUUACCUCGGGUCCUGGAGUAUGUCACUUUAUCCUAGUUGUAGAAGUUCUGCAAACAUUGUGUUUGCUGGUAGUCUGUUGGCAUCUACAGUAGCACCAAUGCUUUUUACUUUCACGUUAACUGGGCCCAAUUUGUAAUUAUCUGAAGUAUUUAUCUGCAUUAUAUCUGAAUUUAAUUGAAACGAUACGAGCGAGCAGGAGCAUCUGUAUGUGGGCGGGGCUUGCUGGAGCAGAGAGGGAGGGGAGAGGAGGAGCUGAGGGGAAAAAUUGUUAGGAGGGGUAGAGUUUACAUUCAAGAUUUCUCCCAAAAACUGGCACAUCAAAUCCUGCCUACCCCACCUUGAACAAAACAGCAACUGUAAAGCAACUGCACACUCAAAGAAACCAAAAGACAAUUACUUGCCUCCUUAACUAACAAAACAUGAGAAAUCAAUACUGAAUAAACUUGGGAUUCACCUACACAAAAAACAAACAAACACAAUAUUCAGCAAACACUGUGAACACUCAGACAUCAUCUCUCAGCUGGUGUAGGGAAAACCCUCUACACAUAGCCUAUCACCCGCUAAGCAGAAGACCAAUCGACCAAUCGGCUGAUGAGAAUUUAGCACACCUAUUUGGGUAGACAGAGACAUCCAACACCAGCAAUACUAAAUCAAAUGAAACACACACAAACUCAUCUUACGACCAUGGUCAUAACAUUUAACAUUGGUACUUAGCUUAAACAGUCCUAUUCCCAUACGUUUGCCUUCAUAAAUCUUUAAAGAUCUGAAUUUUUUUUAAAUCUGUGUAUCUCUUCUUCCACGUGGUCCCCAUGGAGCUUCACAGGCAGAGAUAAUGUGUACAUCCUGUCUGACAGUAAUUUGAGUUUAAGCCUGAGCUUCAUACCAAAUUUCAGUCUCCUACACUUCCAUCCUCUCUGCCACUCAUCACUGCUGCAACACAGCGGCAAUGCCACCAAAUUCAUCUGGAAAAAGAUUUCUCUGAUGUGGCGUCCCUGACAGAUUUGAAGAGCCUGUGGAGAGAGAACUGUCACCAUUCUGCAACCACACACACACACACACACACACACAUAGACACACUAACUAAAUGCCAGUAGUCCACUGUGUCAUAUGAUAGAUGGCAGCCACCCUGUGUGCAUCAGAUGACACAUAGAUACACACAAACAUGAACCACACUCAUGUGCGAGGGUUAUCCCACAUACUUAUUUGAAUACUGCGUGUGUGAAAGAAAGCAUCUUGACUUGACUAUCUGCUCUUCCAGAAGUUGUCAUUCAUAAUAUCCAGUAUAAGAAAAUGUAAGUCACAAUAGUUUUAAAACAGUGUCGUUUGAAUCAAGUGUAUAUCCCGGUACCUUUUUUCAGUCUGCGAAUACACAAAUCUUUUAGUGACAGAAAGAGGGACAAGUGACUGCAGGGAAAGUGAUGAGAUGAAACAUAAAAGUGAAGCAAGGAGACAAAAAAGAGAACAGAAACUUAGGAAGACUGAGGGAUUGGGGGUAUUCAUGGCAGGGGUAAAGAGCAGGCAGAGAGAGAAAGAGGUUUAGACAGGAGACGGUAUGACAGGAGAUAGAAGAUGACAUGUUACUGAAUGAAGCCUCAUGUGGAUCAGUGUCCCUUUCAUAAGAAGGAAGAGGGAAUUUUGGGUAAAGUAUCAAGCAGAAACUCAAAAAAGUUAGAGCAACAAAAGUGUAAAGAAGAUAAAAUCCCUCAUUAAACAGGAACCCAAUCAAAAGUGUGCCUUUCAUAUCUAUUUCACAUCCGAAUCAGUCGCUAGGUGAGCUUUUUGCUACAGGCUGAAUUAUGACAGGUAAUCAAACACAAAAUCCAUCCUUAGUUUAAGUGUGAAAACAGAUUGCCAGCGUCGGUUUGAAGACUUAUAGUCACUUAACUUUACUCUUUCAUACUGUACUGCUGAUUAAAACGAUGAAUGAGAGGAUCUCAUCUAUUUAAUCAUCAACGUUCUACUUAAAACAUCCACCCUGAUUCAUUGAGUUAAUGCAUCAGCCCUGACUGUGUUUGAUCAAUGGGGCGCGUUUGUUGAAAUCAUGGCAUGAAAUUGCCUUUUUUCGCAGGACCCUUGUGGGACGUUCCCACCAACUGAUCUUAUCAUUCAAGUCUUAAAAGAGUGAUACAGUUUGAUUAUUCAUUGGUGCCAAAUGUGUUCAUGUGUAAUUGCAAGUGUUGCUUUAACUUGUUCAACAAAGACGCUAAUAGAGCACAAAUUGGCUGUAUGAUGCAGUCGAUAAUAGAUUUUACUGAAUUGCUUGCAGCAGCUGAUCUUCUCCCAAGCUUUGGAUGGUUGCUGGUGUUGAUUUUAAGCCUUUUGGUACUGGACUUCUUAAUCUCUUCAAAUAUGGUAUGUUUUUCUCAAAGUAUUGGCCAACUGAGCUUCCCCCAAAAAAGACAUACUACAAUUCUUUCAACCAAAGCAAUAAUGGAAGACUGGAAGCUUGGGUCUUGUUUUAUGAGUUUUGGCCAUCACUUAGACUUACGAUGAAAGAAAAUGUUCAUUUUUGUGACCAUGGCAACAUUGCGCUAACAUAAUAUAUACUGCCCAGUAAAUCAAAGUUAAUCUAACUCUGAUUUACAGUACUUUCCUUUUUUUUUUCUUUUAUCAAUUUUUGCCCUUUUUUGUCCUGCUUUAUCAAUUUUCAGUAUAUAAGUGCACGAUCAUUUGACUGUUAAUGUUUUUUACCUUGUCAGACUUCUUUUUUUGUAGUGCCACAUCUUGAUUGCGUUUUAUGAUCAUUUUACCAACACAGAUGAUGGUCAAAAUCAUCAAAAUUAAAAUAUUAUCCUCUAAAAUGAAGUGAAAUCAAAGAGCAUUUCAGCACUUAUCGUCUCCCAUGAGUCACCUCUGGGUCCCGUGUUAAAACGUCCAACUAUACAGAAGAAAUAAAAAUAUUAAUAGUUAACAUUCAUGUGUUUGUCAGCAUCUGUUAAAAGAAUAUUAAGGCCAACAAAGGUGAAUUAAAUAAAUUUUGUUUUAUUAGUGACAUGGCUGAGUUGACAGAACUCUGCCUCUUUUCUAUACCUAAAUCGAGCCAUGGGGCUCUAUUUACGCGCCCGCCGGUGGCACGGCAGAGGGCAGUGCACCCCGCACAGUGUUUUAAUUGUCCGGCAGAGCCCGGUGCACAGCCAGUUUGAUAUUUUCUUAGACUGAGGCGCUUAUCCCCUCCCUCUCUGCUACGUAUGCCACUGGAAGGAGCUGAGUUAGGGAGGGGGAAUACUUACGCCGGGCUGCGCCGCUCACCAAAAUACCAAAGCGUGCUUGGGCACGCCUCAUCGGUGCGGCAGACCUGACUUUAAGUGGGAAAGAGCCCAUGAUUUCCAUGGUAACCUACAUGGUUUUGCUUCAGAUUGCCUCUUCAUAUACCAAUGGUUGAUGUCACAGAGAUCACUCGGUCACUUCUUGACAUUUUGGUAGCUUAAUACACUAGCAUGUUCACCAGCUAUUGUCAGUAACUGAGUAAUAUUUUACCUUAAAGGCAGCACGCCGUUGGUUAAUUAGCACUUAAAACAACAAAGUUACUCGUUGUGAAAAACCCAAAUGUUCAUCUGAAGUGACAUCUUUCAUGCAUAACUUUCCCAUUUUAUUGUAUUUUGGUGCAAAGCUAUUGAUCUUGGCAGCUUGAACCCACAGCUGCUUAUUCCAUUUCUGUCUCUCCUGCUUCAUUAAGUUUUCAAGGAACAAAAUAAAAUAAAAAAAUCAAGCUGUGAUUUACUACUGUUCUAAAUUUUUGCUUUGGUGUGGCCACUGGCUUUUCAGAAAAACCAAUUAACCAGCAGAAAGCUGAAUUAGCAACCUCCUUCCUUCACAUAAUGGUAGAUCUUAUCUGGGGAACACGGGUAGUAGGGCUAUAAUUACCCUACCAGUCUAAAAGCUCAGAGGGUUUGAAAUGGUUAUGUUGAGGCAUUUGCUUAUAGAUGGUAAUAGGUUUGGAGUGGUUAAGGUCAACUUUGGGAUCAGGAGCAGACUUCAUCUUUUCCUACCCCCCAACCCACAAUCACAUACACAAACAACUCCCCCAGCAACCCCAACCAAUUUGAUAGGAGAGAAGUGCUUCGAGCAUUAUGGGUUAAGGCCUCAUCUAACACCCAUGGGAAAUCACAGCAAAACAACGCAGGGAGAUGCACCGUGACUGAUGGUAUUGGUUUGGAAUAACACAGAGAGAGUGACAUAAAGAGAGAUGGCAAAGAGAGAGAGAGAGAAAAUGAUAGAAAAGGAGGAUGAAAGCCAAAGAUAAAGGUUCAGUUAAAUAGAGUGAAAAAUUGACUUUAGAGAGAAUGAAGCUAAUAUUGUCUCCUCCCCAAUUUUGUGCCCUUUAGUUUAACGAUGGGCUGAUACUUCUGACUGCCUGCGAAGCAAACUUGAAUAUCAAACUGACUGAAUGUCAACCAGACUUUUUCUGGACGCUGUUUGUCUGUCCACUUGUCUGCAGGAUCUUCUUGUGUGUGUUGUUAUUGUUCUGUAAGAGCUAUAGGAAAAAUGAAGAGGAGUUGAAUGAGACUAACACUAAAGGUCCUUUCACACCGGGACCGUUUUUGUCGUACGAUUAUUUCGGACAUCCAUAUUUUUUUUCGAACCGGUAUCCUGUCAGUACAAGCCUUCACAUCAGCGACAUUUUCCCAUUCUGCGAUAUUGCGGCAUUUAUUUUUUCGGAUCAUGGUCGAUUUUUUAAAGUUUCGCAUCCUGUGUGUCCACUUCUGAUCAUAAUUGCGUGCUGCUGCGACGUCUGAUUCACUGGUAUAUCCAACAUGGCCGACCGGCUGAUUGUUUACGUGUCGGAAAACGGAGUGCUUUUUGAUAAAAGACACAAACAUUACAAAGAUAACAACCUGAAGGACAACUUGUGGAGAGUCAUAGCGUCGGAUCUCUCAUAUGACAAUCGUCAAAGAGACACAAAGACCUCACAGAUGCAGAAGCUUAUUGUAUUGCAAAAGACAUGCUACCAAUAAGCACUGUGAAAUUUCAUUUUUAUAUUGUGAUAUAUAUUGAAAAAAUAUAUCAUGAUAAAAUUUUUCCCAUAUCGCUCAGCUCUACCAAGAAGUAUGAAAAGCGUACAAACAACAAUGAUCCUCCUUUUUCACUCUUGUGCAAAAAUGUGAUUUAAAUUCUAUACAGCCUAACCUCAUGAAAACAAGAAGAAAGCUUGUUUUAUUUUUUUUUACCACUGUCUUUUUACAAGUAGAGAUUACUCUUAAAGUGACUAAAUUCUCAACCUUUACAGCCUCUUCUCCCUGAUGUUCAGAUCACCUUUAGGGGCCAGCCAAACAGCCAUAAAGCUGAACAGCAACUUGGAGUUGAGAAAGGCAGGAAAUUCAUUUUAGCUGUGAAAACAAAUUUUCUAUUGUUUCUGUAAUAUUUCUGUGGUAAUAUGUGUGUGUGUCAAUGCAAUGAUCUAAUACCACAACCUGCUGCCUCCAAAAUUUAACAGUUUUGGGUAAACUAUCAUGUAUGGGGGAAUGAUACCAUAGCAAAGGCAGAGACUUUAAUGUAAGCCAAAGCUUGCAGAGAACAGCAGUAUGUCUCCUAUAUGUCCACGUCUAUUUGCUCAUUUUUUAAUGGCUCUUUAUCUAUGGGAGUCUUUAGAUUUUGCAAGUAUUCAAUUCAAGAUAAUAAAGAUAUUGAUAAAUGGUAUCUGAUCACCUCCAGGACUAUGAAAUCGACCAAUAAAAAACAGGUUUAUGUCACAUUAUCAUAAUUGGAUGAGCUAUAAAUGCACAACUGUUUCUGUAGUGAAUGCUCAUUUUUGUUUGAUUUGAACACACAUGAUUUACCAAAUUGUUAGUUUUAAUCUUAAGUGUUAGAGUACUCUUCAAUGUUGCUCCAGGUAACACUCAAAGGAAGCAUUACCCCUCCCUCUCAAACCGUCAGACCAUUAAAGGAAAUACAAUUUUCAGCUGUCUUUACCCCUUCCAUCCCUCUGUCUCCUGGGACUCAAGCACAAAGGAAAAUAGAGAAGUGGGAAAUUGAGGGGAAAUUGAGAGCAAGAGAGAAAGAGAAAGAAAGAGAGAGAGAGAGAGAGAGAGAGGUGGAGAUGGAGGCAGGAGGAAAACAGAUGUGGUUCGUUGAAGCGGCACUAGCCCACAGUCAGAGACAAAGACCUGAGAGCAUGAGUGCAUGAUCCUGGACAAGCACACUGGAAAUUAUGGACUGAGUGUGUUUGUGUGAUUGUGUGUAGACCAUGUGAGACUGAGGGAAGGAAAGAGAAAGAAGAGGGACAAGGUAGAAGACUGAAAUAUGCAAAGGGACAAUAGAGAAAGAUGGAAACUAGCAGUCACAAAGGUUUUUCAGCAGGCCUCACACAAAUACAGGAACCGAGUGCAGAAAUGAACACACAAUUCCUCCAAGUAUUAAUUGUUUGCAGGCUAAAAGGCCCAUUUAUCACCAGACAGAUUAAUAUCACAAGAUCAUUUUGCAGCAAUAGUAUGGAUUCAUCAUCCUGUUGUGUUAAAGGCGACAUUGCUAAAUAAAUUCCCUCAUAUAAAAUCGAUGCAUCAAUGCCACAACACAGCUGCAAUUGAGCUGUUUAGCAUUCCUCUGGUGAGUGUGGGGUAAUUUUUCCCACACCGUGAACCAUUUAAAGUCUUCAUAUUUGGAUAAACCAAAAUUCUAAUCUUUUGUUUUAAUUCAUUUGUUUUUCUUUUUUAAUCCCUGGCAAAGGCUUGUUGUGGCAGCUCACUGCAGCUGCAUGAAGGAACAGGGAACUAUAUAUUUUUUUUUUUUUGUAGUUUUUUUAAAUUUUUAUUUUGGUUCCUUUCAUGUGAUGCACAGAUACUGUAUUGUCAUACACACAUAGUUUCAAGGGAACUGACAGAAUCGUGCCUUUUCUGUGUUGUAUUUUAUUUUAUUUUUUUUUUUGAUGUGGUGUUGUUCCUGUUAAUUGUUGCUCAAGCCUCUUUUAGCACGCACAAGGUUCUAGAAAAUUGCAGGAAAUUAUCCAGGUGAGCUCAUGUGAAAAUGCCAUGUCAGAGGUGUCAGUUAGCCAUUUGGUAAUGUUUAAACAGGGUUACGUACUUUACUGUAAGUUUACCGUUUACUACAAGAAUGAUGCAGCAUGUUUUUGUAUACUAAUAGGAAACUUUUAUUUGAGAAUUUUAAAGAGAUGUUUUUUUGUGUGUGUUUAAUUGAAUUUUUAUUUUCAUUUCAUUCAAGUAAGAAAACAAAUAAAGAUAUAUUGAAAAUACACAGGACAGGACAAAAAAAAAACACACAACAAAAAAACCAGACAUAUAAACAUACAAACAAUAUUGAAAUAAGAAAAAACACUAAGUAACAACAACAACAAAAAAAUGAGAUUAUAAGAAAAAUAACGAAACCAAACAAAUUCUAUAUAUACACACAUCCAAAUAUAUGACUCCCGCUUUGAAAGGUAGUUUCAAGGAAUUUUUUUUUACCCCUAAACAUUUCAACUAAAUGCUUAAAACAUAAAUUUGUCAUCUUCAACAUUUUCAAAUAUUUACCUUUCUUGGCCAUAAAAUGUGGUUGUCGAGAUGGCAGCCUUUUUGAGGAGGCAGAACCCCUGUUACGAAUGACGCACCUUGAAAAAUCACAGGCCGUUAAAAAGGCCUGGAUGUCCUCUGCUUGGUACAAGAGAUUUCAUCAUGCUUAUAUAGUGUAUAAUGUUCAAGAAGUAUCCAUUUGAUAGUCAUGUCUGAGGAGGACAAAUCUACAAAAUCAAGCUCUAGGGAGUUAAUGACAUGGAGACUUCACCCAUCAAGUUAAUAAAUACAUAAGGACAGAAAUAGGAAGCAUAGUCUUUUUCUGUCUAAAGGUAAUAUAGUUUACAUGACAGAAUUUUUUAAUCUUGUGAAAAGAGUAAAAUGAAUGACUUUUAAUUACAGAGUGAAGAAAUUCUCUAACCCCCUUGUGAAGAUCUCAUCAAUUUUUCAUUUGGAAUCAUAGCAGGCUAGCUGAUUCCACUUUUCUCAGUCUUCAUGCUAAGCUAUGCUAAUCAAUUAAUCAGGUAAUCAUUAUUUAUGUAGCACCAUUUCACCACUAGUGUUAUUCCAAGACUAAGACCCUUUUCCCUAUGUUGUCCAUGUUCCAAUAAAGCUCUGAUAUCGUUGCUGCAGCUUUUUUUUUUCUGAUAUAAACUUUAAUUAAAAAUUAACAGUGUGGUACGGUUGUCACAGUCUUCACCUCCCAUCCUUUUUCUCGGCAUUUACGAAGUGUGAAAACUGCAGGAUAAGCAUUCAGAUAGUCCCAGCUCUGUACUGAUAAUUAUUUUGUUUUUUUGUGUUUGUUUGAGAGGCUCAUUAGAAAAGCACUGAUCAAGACUGUACUGAAAUAAUUAUUACCAACCCCUGAAAACCUGGGUGUGAGAGGGAGGUGAAAAGAAAAGAGGUGGAGGAAAGAAGGUUUUACAUGAGCAAGAGACAGAAAGUUUGCAACAAGACAGUAACAGUAAGAGAUAGACAAAGAAAGUGAUGGCAGGGAGGGAAUAAGAGGGAAAAGUAGAGAGAUUUUACUCAUUAAAAUAGAGGAGCACAACAAGGGGAGACGGCAUUAAUCAGAGCUCCAUGCUAAUGAGGCAUUUACUCAUUACACUGAAAUAGAGAAAAAAAGAGGGGAGAAAAGGGGGACAGAGAGAGAAAAAAGGGAACACAGAGUGAAUUAAUAGAGUGAAGAACAGGGAAAAAAAUGAAGUUAGAGGAAGAACAAUAAGUAGGGAGGUGACAGAGUCAAGAGAGACCGGAGGGAGAAACGGGACAAGGAAAGCCGAAGACAAAAUGGAGAUCACAGUCAUUGUUGACAUUAAAAUUAAAUAUGUAUUUUUAAAUGUUUUCUUCUUUUAUUCUUAUUUUGUGGUCUAACUUUCUGAAUUUCACAAAAUUGCUGCUUAAUCUGACUGAAAAUGAAGUUCCAAGUGUCAAAGUGAGCGUGGGAAAUGUGUAUAUUACCAUUUAUGUAAAUGUUUGUGUGUUCUGUGUUUUCUGUGUGUUCUGUGUGGUCUGCAUGGCGGUCUGGGGUUUGAUAUAUGUAGCUUGUGGCUCAUUUGCAUUGUUAAUAUGUGCAUUAUGCAAACUUUUUAUAACUGAUUUACUGUGCACAUUUCAGGCUUUCAGGAGUUAAAUGAGUUGGGGCUCUUCAAUGCGGUUACUCUCUGCUGCUGUGGUGUAGAACUACAAUAAAAAAGAGACAGCGGUUGGUUAGUUAUUUACUUGUCACUGCUUCGCUUUGCUGACUCUGGCUGUAUUAUCAAGAAAUCACUACAAGCAAAAAGUCGCUCGUGCUAAGGUUGACAAACAGAAAGAGGAGAAAGCGUCUUCAUAUCUGUUGUAAAACUUUUUUUUUCAAAAUCUAAAUCUGUGCUUGUUAAUCUGUGGGUUUCUCACUUGAACAUGGCAGCACAGUGAGCUACAUGCUAGGAUCAUCAUAUCAAAACUAUAAAUAGCUACUGUUUGGCUGGUGGACUUUUUCUUAUUUGAGAAAGUUACAUUUGCUAGUUUCAGAGACGGGGACUCGAGUCAUUGUGACUUGGACUUGAGUCGCUGUUUUGACGACUUGUAACUUGACUUGGCAAAAAAUGAAAGAAUUGAGACUUGACUUUGACUUGGAAGUUAAAGACUCGGGUCUUGACUCGAGACAUGAUGACUUGAAUGACUUGAGUAUUGAUUAUUUCGUGGUUUCAGUUUUGAUAUAAGUAUAAAAUUACUAUUUAUAUUAUAUUGACUUGACCUAUUACAGGACUUGACUUGACAUAACCUUUGACUUGACUUGACUUGCCCAAGAAAAGAUGACAUGGGACUUCCUUGAGACUUGAAGGUUAAGACUUGAGACUUGCUGAAGACUUAGACAUGUGUGACUUGUUGCAUGUCUGGCUAGUUUCCUCAAUCAGCACUACAACACUCAUCCUUUUGAUUCUAAUGCUAGCUGCAACAACUUCCACUUUGUACCAUCAGUUAAGUCUCAACAAGUUUAUAUCUUUUUUAAUCAUGAUGCCGGUUAUGAUUCGGCACAUUGUCAAAGUUAAAAAUGUAUAAUUGCUAACUGUAAGAAAAAACAUCUGCUACAUCUACAUGUAGCAUAAUUGCAGGAUACACAGAUAUUCUCACUUUGUUUAUUGGCUUGAUGCUAACACAUGCAGUACAUGACCAUUUACAGGCUAAUUGAGUUAGCAUCAAAACUUUUGUAAAUGAAGUAAAAAAAAAUGUAUAAUCUAACAGGAACAAUACAAUAUGUACUCAAACUGACUGGACUGUUUGUGUUUUUCCUCACUGGUUUGAAUUAGUGGUGACUGUCGUCUCUUCUGCUUCUGUCUCACAAUUCAUCUGUUCCUACUUCACUUCAAGUAUCUCCCUGCCUGCCUCAAUCCCUGCAGUGUGAUUGACUAUAUUUUGCCUGGUUAGCGGCGCACAAUUUUGAAUUUGAGACACAGAAUUCGAAGUAGCAUUUUGUCACACUGUCGACAUGAAGAAACCAAAUUCCAAAUAGUACACCGGACAGUAAAUUUCCAGCGAUAGUUUUGAUAUGUGAAAUUUGCUUUGUGAUUAGCACACAUGACUCGUACUCUGAUUGAGAGCAAAAAUUGAUUGGUUUGAUUCAUGUUACACCCGAAACACACCAUUGAACUAUCAUGGCACUUGAUAUGAAGUCUUAUUUGUUCUCUGGAGACAAUGAAUAUCCUAAGUUGUAAUUGUACCGAGUCAGUGUUUUUUGGUGAUAUUUCAGUCUAGACCUCAAACCUCAUUUUCAAAAUUUACCAGUGAGUUUCCAAUAGCAACCCUAGUUUCAGUAUUUUCCUGCUCAAAAAGAAACAAAUGAUGGUUAAAAAAACAUAAAAAAUAAAACUUAUUUUGCUUUAAACGUCCCACAAUUCACCAUUAUCUGCUGACCUCACUUGACAAUUCAAUACAGUCUCUCUCUCUCUCCAGACUGAAAAACAAGAGCUUUUGGCAUGUGAAGCAAAAUGAAAUAAAAACAGAAAUUCUCUCCACUUUCCUCUUUCCUUCAUCUCUCCUUUCUCUCUAUGGCCUUCUUCUAUCAUUCCUUCCCGCCUGCUCUCACUGCCCUCAUCAUAACCCUGCCUGUGUAUGAUUCAGAUCUAAUAAGAGUGAUCCUAGAUCAUAACUCGGGGAUCUAUAUUUAGCUCGAGCCGAACCUUCCCCUCCUCCCUCCUCCUCUUUCUCUCUCAUGUAUCUCCAAGUCCUGGAAAUGACAAGCAGUGGACUUUUGAUUAAAAAUGUAAUUAAAUUCUCGCUCUGUUUGUCUCUGACUCUUUCUCGCCAGGACUCUGACCUUGUCCUGACCUUUAACCUGUCCAUGCAUCGCUCCUGGUGGAUGGAGAACGGUCCAGGAUGCAGGGUGACACCCAUUUCCCCUCCCCCCUCCUGGGCACCUGAGGACCACCGGUAUAUAUCUAUAUCUGGCUGUUUUAUGGAUUUCCAGUUCAUAGAGGUGGCUCACUCCUCGCUGCAGAUACUCCUGGCUGUAAGUACUUUAAACUAAUAAGCAGUGCAAUUUUAAACUUGAGUUUCUAAUAUUUGGUCCAUCUAGCAGGAAGCCUAGAAGAAAAGAGACAAAAAGCAAGUUUAAAUCUGUCUGAAAUGGUCAAUGAGCCCAAGGGAGAGUGUUCUCAAAACUGUUCUUAAAAAAAUUACAGGAUUCUGUUGAAGUGAACCCCUCGGUUUUUUGAAAGUGGAAUUUUAACAACUAUAGCAUGGUUUAGUGACUGCAGUGAACAAUGAAUGCAGGUUUUUAUUAAGAAUCUAAAACAUCUGUUCCUCUCAGUUUGAUUUUUUAUAGAUUUUUUGGUCAUCUUUACAAAUGUAAGGUAUGAUUUUUAGUCAUUAGUUUUUAGCUAGCCACCUCCAUCUCCAUCUCCUCAUUUAGCAAGCCAUCAGCUGUAGAAGCUAAAAAUGAAAAAGAAGACUUUGAUACUUUAUCCAAUUCAACCCAAUCUGAUCCAUUUAUUUAUAAAGCACGAUUUAAGCAAACGCAAGGUUUCCAAAGUGCUGCACAGCGAGAUAAAAAUACAAUAAAUAAAACAACGGAAGCACAAUGGGGUAAAUUAAAUGAAAUAAACACAGUAAAAUAAAAUAAAAACCAAUACAAUAAGUAAAAUUAAUAAAAUACAAUAAAUGAAGUCAACCUCCUACUUGGGGGCUAGAAGUAAAAACCCUCCAGAAACAUAAUUGGCGUUGGUUGUAAAGCAAGACAUGUUAUUCGGGAAGCUUCUACGCAUUUUGUUUUACUUAAAGUAUAUGCAAUGUUAAAUAAUCCCGCUAAAUAAACUCGCUACCAGCAAUAAGUUUAUGAGGCUAAACUAGACUACACUCAGGAGCAAUUUGAUCACUAAAAAGAUUGAUAUCAGUGUCAUAAAUGUUCACUGUAAUCAAAAACAUUGAAUUCUAUUUUUUGACGGUUGAAAAAUUGGAAGUGCAUAGGCGGUGUUGAAUUCUGUGCCUUUUUCAUCUAAUAGUGUGUGUAUUUAUCGUGUGUGUGUGUAUGUAAACCAUUGACUGUAUAUAGAAUGGACGCCAUCUGCAUUCUCACUGGGUGAGCCACUCUGAGAACAGCACCCUCUGGUGAUGGGCUGCAGUAUUGGUCAUAAAUCCCGCCUCCGCCAGCAAAGCUAAUGGGGCCGUGGACAAACUUUAGAAAUUUAUUACACAGAACAUAAAUUUUUGUCCCCCCUGGUUGCGAUGUUGACAUGUAGUUACUGUAAGACUGGUUUGUGCUCAAGUCCUCUUUUUUCUGUACAGCUCUGUUUUUCAAAGUUAUUAAGGGGUUCAUGUUUUCUAUGAUUGACUUUUGAUACAGCCUAUGGGCGUACAAAGAUUGCGUAGCUCACCUGGGGGAUACGCUGUUUGAGCCGAGCGUCAUCACAGCGACUCUCCCGCCGAAUGCGUACAACACUACUGUGCAAUUUUGGUUUCAGGAAAUGGAGAAAAAAGGCAGAAUUACCCAGAGGUUUUUGGCUUCAAAUCCAUAUCCUAGCGGAAGGUGGAACCAAGUUGUCCAUAGUAUAUACAGUCUAUGUUAUAAACAAAUGAAACUACUCCAUUGAUUUCUUAGUAACAAUAGGUUUGUUGUAUUUUAAAUUGUAUUGCUAUCAUGAAAAGUUCUUUGCCUACAGAGGGAGUUAUGGAAUUUAUAGUCAACUGUGCAUGUUUUGGUAUCUACGCCCAAGUAAAAGAAAGCAUCACGCCUUAAUAAUCUGAUACUCCAUAACCUCAUUUACAACCUUUUCCCCAUCUCGGAUUUUUUUAAUCUUUCUCUCUUUCUAUUUUAUUUCACUGUUUGAAAACCAUUUUCCUCCUCUCUGCCUGUCUCCAACCCUCGCCCUCUGUGUUUCUCACUCUUGUGCUCUGUCAAACUGGGAUAAUUAGUGGGAUCAGAGGAGGCAGCACAGAGGCAUAAAGAGUGAGAAUGAGGGAGGCCUGUCACUUUUCAUCACAGCAGCUCUGCCUUUUCUAGGCAUUUACAGUCGUAUGAAUACAGACACACAAGCGGUAAACAUAUCAGCGCUUGAAUCUCGACUGCAUGCAUCAUUACGCCAAACAGCAAGAGUUUGGGAGUUUCAGUCUGCUUGCAUCUUCCCCUCUCACUUAGUGCGACUUUCUCUCCUCAUGCACACUGUGUCAAUCGAUAGCUACUUAUAGUGUGGCGGAGAGCCAAGCCACUGCACAGCUGUACAACCAUCUCGCUGUAAUUGGUGUAUGGAAACACUGUCAUGCUCCAUGAGCACACACUCCACAGUCUGACUGGUUCACCGGCUGACUGGCUGGCUGCUUCACUGUAAUUGGUGGAAGCAGCGUCGGGGUACCUAAUAACAUUCAUUGAACCAGUCGACUAGCUGGCUAAGUGAGAGGUUAGGGUUGGUGCAGAUGGAUCACAUGCUGACUAGUUGUCUGCAUUUUUGCUGUUGUGUUAGAGGAAUCAAAACUUCAAAUUCAACUGACAGCAUGUUCAGCUGUUAGCAGAGCGUGCUAUUAGCUAUACGGCUAGCAAGCUUGUUUUGAUGGACUGGUAAACCUGUCCAGCAGGUUCUUGUUGUCCAUCCAUCCAUUUUCUACCGAUUAUUCCCGCUUCCAGGGUCGCGGGGGGCUGAAGCCUAUCCCAGCAUCUUUGGGCGAAGGUAGGGAACACCCUGGACAAGUCGCCAGUUCAUCGCAGGGCUGACAUAUCGAGACGAACAGCCAUCCACGCUCACGUUCACACCUACAGGCAAUUUGAAAUGGGCCAAUUAACCUAACCCCUAUUCUGCAUGUUUUUGGAAUGCGGAAGGAAACCAGAGUACCCGGAGUAAAAAACCCGGCAUCAGCAGUGAUGCGGACGCUUAACCGAUCUGUCGCGGUGAGGAAAGAGCUGAGCCAUAAGGCGAGGUCAUGAACUAUGGGUAAUGACCAAAAGAAGAAGAUCGCGGAUACAAGUGGCCGAAAUGGGUUUCGUUCGCAGGGUGGCUGGGCUCAGCCCUAGAGAUAGGGUAAGGAGCUUGGACACUCGGGAGACUCCAUUGUGUUUCGCUGCCCGUUAUAUUUGAAAUCAUCCGCCAAACCCGAAUCAGUCACAUGGUACGGCCAAUUCGUGAGGCUUCGAACGUCAUCACAUACGUCACUACCACAAGCCUUGAUACACGCUUCAUCGAAAAUUUCCAGGAUUACUUGGCACACACUCUGAAGCCUUGGCACUAAAGGACACAUCACUAGUGACAGAUUUUUCAGUGGUAGACUUUUAGACACUGCUGCACACCAAAUCUUUCAAAGUUAUUAUUUAUCAUGAACCAAUGACCAAGCACUUGGCAACAGUGGUAGGAAAACAUUAUCUUUUGAACAGCCAGAAACUUGAGUUAAAUCAGACUGUCAGCACAGUGGCUAAACCAGCCAGUGAAAUCUCCAAACAUUUUAUUUAGAAACAAUCUGCAUACUCUUGGCCCUCCUUUGCAUGCAGUUUAUUUACCCCACUGUGAAUUGAUGGGGGUUAAUGUGCUAGAAAAUGUGUUUGUUUGCAUGUUGGACCAAUUUUAGACUCUGGAAAGUUAACUAAAAAAGUGCACUCCUGAUUGCCAAUAAAGGCCCUUCACGUCUCUCUCACUUUAGUAAUUAUUUAAUAUUAAAUUUAAGUUAAAUCAUAUGGCUGAUUUUAGAAAUAUAACUGAAAGCAAAGAAUAAAACAAAGAAUUGGUUUUUAUAUCUCCAUCUCUGUGGAUAGAAAUGUAGAAUAGUCAUUAUCAUAUGAGUUCUUGUUUUUAUUAUAUUUUUCCUUUUUUAAAUCAUGGGCUGAAUUGAAUGUGUAGUUACCAUUGUUCACCCCAGACAGCCGUAUCAUGCAAGGUCAUACUGUAUUCAUGAAAAGCAGCCCUGAGACCAGAUUGAUUUUAUUACCAUUGUUAUUUAAAGAUCAGGGAAGACAAAGAGCAGUGCAUGAGAAUUGAAUGUCAGUCAAGCAAGGCAGCAGCUGUGCUCUGAGGCACUAAUCUUAUAUUUGUUGAAUAGGUUAAACCUCCCAGAUUUUCGAACUGAGACAGGUGUGAACUUCAUGAAUCAAUCCAGGAGAAGUCCACGGUAAAGAGAAAUGACUGGUGCAAAUUUUUCCCGUGGAAAAGAAAUGUCAGCAAAUGAAGAAAUAUCUUUUCGAGGGCGUGCAACAUUGAUACUGAUUUUAAUCCGGUUUGUAGCUAAUCAGCUGUUGUGAAGCACGCCAAAUAGAUUUAAAUGGAAGUGAUUAUACAUGAUUAUUGAUUGUAGGAUAACUGAUUUUUAAUGCGGCUUUAAUCAUCUGACAAAAUGUUUUCAUCUCAAAUAAUUUACCAAGCAAAUGGGGAAAAAACUGGAGCGCGGCAUUAGUUAAAAUUAAGGGACGGUCUUGAGCACAAAACAGACUGAAUUCAGUGAAAGUGACAACUCCAUCACAACACAAUUUAUCAGCGGUAAAAUGACACAGCUGUUACAGAUUCAUUUGAGAUGAAAACAUUUAAUAGUGGAGUGAUGCAUCCAAUUCAAACAAGGUUAUCACACAGCCAGACAAAUAACUCAACAAUAAAGAUUUCACAUAAACAGUGCAACGAUGGUGGGUGUUAAAAUGCUGGAAAUGGGAAAGACGAUAAAAGGUUUCUGAAAUGUUGCCCAUAGAUCAACUUGUGGCUUUGUUGACGGUUUACAAACUCAGAGGAGGAAACUCGAGACAAGGCUACCAGCACAGCGCUGUUUGUUUUGGCCAUUUGCAACCUCACCUUCCUCCUUGGUGGAGGACGACAUGUUUCACCAGGUUUCUGACCUACAACUGCUUUUCCCAUGGUGUCACUCCUUGCUUCUUUUAAAGGUCUCUUCCUGCGAAUUUUUGGUGUCAGGCCAUAAGGAAGGAACACCAAAAAUUCAAAGGGUUUCUUUUCCUUUUAAAAAAGCUUUUUGACAUUCAGCUAAUUCUUCCCCAGGCUGCUCUAAAAGUUACUAGGUGUCCUCAGAGUCUCAGCUGUAGGAGUGUUUCAGACCCGAAGAAUGAUUUAGUUUUCUGUUUUAGGUUACAUGAAUUUUCUUAUUACAUGGUGAAUGUAGUACAGCACUUCAAUUAUAUUUUUGAUGCUUUAAGGCACUGAUGAUGAAACAUUCACCAAAGAAAAUGUGGUAUAUACCAAUAAUUGUGAAACUAUGCUCCCUCACUACCCAAACAACAAGAGGAAAGAUGUAAGCAGAGUAAAAUCACUAAUCUCCAGAUUAGUUUCUUUUUUUACAUUUCAUUAUCAUUGGUAGUCUUACAAAGAAGAUAAAUCCUUGUUCACAUAAUUAGCAGAACAACAAAAAGAGGACAAAAGAGUGAAUUGGAAACUAUACUGCACUGCUGAGGAACCAAUCGUAUCCUCAGAUAAUGCACCCCCUGACUGUCCCCUGUUAUACCCUGACCUUUUUAUAGACCUGCCAUAAAAGUCAUAGAUGUUUUCUCAACAAGUGUGUUAUGCUUUACCUUGAAAUGUUGUCAAUUAACUGCUGUAAUUUGGCAAGUGCACUUGUGCGCUUGGGAGUUGUGAUCUGUGUUUUCUACCAUACCAUCUGCAACUGUUAUCAUGCUACCUAGUCAAAAGAAAAAUCAUUACAACACUGUGUUAAGAUCAUUCAAUCAUUAAUUUAGUUUGACAAACACAACUUAUUUGGACACUUACAUACACACUUUCCUGCACACUUAUAAUUCAGAGUCCACACACUGUUAUGCAAACAGUAUGUCCUUUGGUUGCCUGUGUGACCAGAUUGAUCACUCAAGACAAAGGCGGUUGCAGCAACUUGAGAUAUCAGUAUUCAAAAAACCUUGAACACAGUUCAAAGUCACACUCUAAAAACCCCUGGGUUAAAAACAACCCAACUUUGGUUGUUUUUAACCCAGCACAAGGGUUGAGAAGGGACCGACUACUUAUUGGGUUAUUUUGACCCAGAAUGUUGGGUUAUUCAAAUUAACCCAAAUUUCUGGUGGUCUCAAUAACUCUUUUUAGGGGUCAAGAUAACCCAAUCUUAGAGUUAAUUUGACUCAUAAUCUUGGGUGAAAUUGAUAUAUGCAUUUGGGGAGAUUUUUUGGGAGCUUUGUUUUUACAACCUGUACCGUCUUAGCCGGUGUGGCUUUCAGUGGUACACACUCAUGUUUAUGAGGUAGGCCAUAGCGCUAAGGGUCUUGCCUAAUAUAAAAUCAAGGUCAAAGUUCACAAGAUCACCGGGUCACUUUAAUUAGGCCUAGAAAACACGCAGAGUCAAUUGAACCCAACAUUUUGACCCAGUUUUUGGGUUACUCUCAGAAAAAUAACCUAUAAUUAUUAACUCAUUCAAAUAACCCUCAAACUGGGUUACAACAGAAUCCAUAUGACCCAAGAAAUGUGGAUGGAUCUGAAAAAUAACACAGACAUUUAACUCAACACGUAAAACCCAGGAAUUGGGUUGAAGAAAUAACCCAAGAGUUUUUAGAGUGCAGAGUGCUGCUAUACUCUAUAUCAUCAUCGGUGUGCUUUUUGUCCAACCAGACAAAUUGAUUGGAAAUCAGUAUUAAAGAGUAACUGUCGGGUUGAUUGUCUAAGUACAAUGUUUUCAAAACGAGGAUGAAAUAUUCUUGAGUUGUUUUUGAUCUGUCUUUAUCAACAUCUGAUGCAGGCGGUUCUUUUAUUUCCUCAAGACACAGGAUGGAGUUUUUGAGUCACCCUGAAACCCUGCUGAGUCUAAGUGCCAGAAUCUGAGGUUUUGAAUUUACAGGAAAGUCCAGAUACAGCUGCUGACGACAAACUUACUCAGACCCAUGACUCAUAAUUCAACUACGAUAAGAAACAUGCAUGUCACAUCCCUUUCAAAGCUUAUAUUGACACAAUCGGCCAUCAUAUUUGGUUUUCUUCAGAUCUUAUGGAGACACAAUGACAUUUAUCAUCAACAGGAUAUUGUGUUUACAUGAAGUAACACCAAAACUGAACAGCAGUGUGUAUCCAGAAUAUUAACAGGAUAUUGAUGUGCCGGGAAACACAGACUGUCACAGCUGAUCAAGUGUUUUGUAUCUCAGUACCCUGGUUCGAACAAAACCAGAGUGAAAAGCCAUUUUCAGAGACAAUAAGCCGACAAAAGACGGACCAGCUUCAGUACAGCUGUGACAGAAAACUCUAAGAAAUCUUUUUCAACAACAUUAAGACUUUGCAGCUUUACAAGGCUCCUUCGGGCAAAGACUCAGAAAUAAAACAUGUAACUGGAGGAGAAAGUAGAGGCAGUCUGAUACUUGAGGUCAUCUCAUUUUUUCUAAAACCAAAGUGUUUGGUGUUUUUGGUCGGGGGUAGUUUGUGAUCCAUAAAGCCGUCUAUGUUCUCUUAAUUGAUUUCCACAUGUGCUCUGAUUCCAGCACUGAUAGCGGCAGCAUUGUCUACUCCCAGUACUUUGCUUUCCCUAAAGACUAUUCAUCCCUACUGAGCAAAACACUACAUUACUAUGACUCAUCUAAUGUGUCGCUAGUAAAAAGAGACGAGGAAAGACAUCAGGGGUAAAUGGGGAGGAAAAAGGAAAGGAGGGGAAUGAAGAUGGUAAAAGAAUAUAGCGAAAGGAAGAGGGCACAGGAAGUGAAAGUGGGAGGAAAGGUGGUAAAAGAGAGCUGCAUUGGGAGCAGAACAUUAUUUAUACUAAAUGAGGUCAGGACCUUGAGCUAUACACAGAAUCUUAAAUGUAGUUUCACACGUUUGCAGCUCACUUUGUGCUUGUAUUUGGCUGUGUUUGUGUGUUUGUGUGGAGUGUCUGUGCUGGCAUGCUUCCAUGUAGUCAAUAGAAAACCAACCAGGUCAAUGUCAUUUUUUAGAGCCUUAUUUGAGCAAUGAAGCCUCUUUAUCCAGCUAAUAUUUGAGCUCAAUACCUCACAUAAAUAUACGAUAUGUGUGCCUGUAGCCUUUUCUCUUUUUUUCUACUUCCUCAGUCAUUCUGAACCAGGUUACAAAAAUCUGACCUUACAAUAACCGCACCUUCCUACAUCUAUGCUCCUGUAGGCAUGUCGCCUUGGAAAUCAGAUAGCCAGAGGGAGAGCAGACCGGAGAGCAGAGGUGAUCUGGUGUGGACUGUUGUAUCUAUGACAACACCUCACCCGCUCAAUGAACUCUGCUUUUUUUAAUGGAAACAGCAAACCACAACAUGCUCAGACAUAAAACUAUCAGACAUUCUUGGAGGUUAAAUCUUUAGCCACAAUUGUUUCUAUCUAUUUAUCUAUCCAUCUAUCCAUCUAUCCAUCUAUCCAUCUAUCCAUCUAUCUAUCUAUCCAUCCAUCCAUCCAUCCAUCCGUACGUUUGCAUUAAAAACGGAGGAAAACUGAGAUUUGGGUAGCCGAUGGCAGGUUUUGCGCAGGAAAGAAGGAAGGGACGUUGUUAUUGUUGUUGCUGCUAUGCAGGAUUUUGAUUGGCUAACUUGGGCUUGAGCUUCUCGCUACACUUCCACCCACGUGUUUGAUAUGCUCUUGACGGCAUAUAUACACAUAAAUGGAGAGGGUUAAAUGUCUGUUUAUGAAAAUUGCCAGGCCAGUGUAAACGUAGUCCUAAUCUAAUCUAAUCUAAUCUAAUCUAAUCUAAUGUAGUCUAAUCUUAUGUAGUCUAAUCUAUCUACAGUUAAUAAUCUCUUCUCUGUUUCUGUAUCUUUUCUGUCCUCUAGUUGAUGGGAUUUAUCUACGCCUGCUAUGUGGUCAAACUCAUCUCAGAAGAAGAAGACAGCUGUAAGUAUAAGCACUCACACACACACACACACACACACACACACACACACACACACACACACACACAGAUGUGUGUACUGUACACAGAUUUACAGUUUUUCUUGGUCCAUUUUGGUGCAUUUCUCACAUCACUAUAAACAUUUGCACAACAGUCAGUGCAUUUCUCAAAACAGUUAGUACAAACUUAAAAACCUAGUCGGUAACCUGCUAAGGUGUGUCAUUUGCGUAAAAUGAAUAGUUUGUUCCUCAAAAGCAAGUAUUCAUGUGAAUGAAAGUGUCAGAAGAAUGUCAAUGUUGUGACGAGUCAGACGUGUUGAUGCCUAACACUGGAUGACACCCUGACGCACAACACUGUGAGACCACGUCAGAGGAUUGGUGAUAACAAUCUGAGUCUAUCAGUGGUGAAAUAACACAGUUCUACAUUGCUCAAUCGCCUGGUCAAACUACUCUACGUUUUAGCUCGUCUCACCGUUGCUGGCUGCUCUAUUCUCCCUCAAUGCUCAUCCAAUUUUUAGAAAUUGUUUUCCCUAUCAGUGAAACACACACAAACACAUGAGAAAAUAGGACCCAGGUUGAAAAAUAUUGAAGUUUCCCUCAAAAAAGGCCGAAAGACACCAGUAAAUCAUGACAGCAAACAGUAAUUCUCAGCAUAGAGAAGGAAAUCUGUAUUUCAAUGAAAUGUUGAAUAGGGAUGUCCCAAUACAACUUUUUAACCUCUGAUGUGAUACCGAUAUUGUAGCCUUCAAUAUUGACCAAUACUGAUAUUGAUCCAAUAUUAGUACAAACUUGUGCAUGACAAGUUUUGCAAUCAGCUGUAAUGUCUUUUUCGGAUUUAACCAAAAAAUACUGCCACACAGCCGACAUCACUCCAACUCUUUGCUACUUUGUUCGUACCUUAGUAAACACUGUUGUUGUGUUUAUGUGGGCUCUGCAUGCUGGAUCAGGGCGCUGCUAGAUAGAGGUGCCGGAGUGGAGUUUGGAAUGGACUGCUUGUAUCAAAGAUUCUAUAUGCAAGCCGAUAUAAUCCGAUAUUCUUUUUUUUUUUGCUGAUAUCGGACUGAUAUCCAAUAUCAAUAUCCUAUAGGGACACCCCUAAUUUUGAAUGAGUCUGAUCCUCCUCAACAGUUCUGUGAAUUAAGUAAAACAACUGGUGCAGACUUAAAUAUUUUACCACAAAAUCUAAAAAAAAUCAACAUCAUUAGCGUAGAGAACUCUAUUUCACCUCUAUUUCCUGAUCUGCAUUAUUAAAAACUCUGAUGAACCACUUUCACAUCUCAUCUACCACUCUCAUCGGUCACAGCCACACUUAUAUUACCUGUAAUAUCAAAAAUGAGCAAAGUGAGUACAUUUGAAGAUUCGCACUUUAGCCCUGCUGAGGUAAAAGAGCUUGCAGGACAUGAUACCAACAAUUGCAUCUCACAUGAAGGAAAUUAUCAGGAUGAUUGGAUUUCAGUUGAUAAAUUAAACUCAACAUAAAGAAACUCUUUGCAGAUGAAAUUUAACAUUACAAGCUAUGCAAAUCGCUCUCUGUGGUUCUCAGAUUUAUUGAAAUACAUCCAUAACGCAGAUAUGUUGGUCCUUAUCCAGACAAGCCCAUGCUGGCUGCGUUUUUUGUUUUUCGUCAUUACAACAUCCUGUUUCGGCUGAGUCGUAAAAAGUCUCGUGGCUGAAAACCAAAAAUGCACUUUUUGGUGGCUGAAUUUCUGGUGCAUCCCCAGUCUAUUUGUAACAAAACUGCCAUUGGAUAAAACCAUCUUGGACUCGUGAGCCUUUACUGACCCACAGACAGAACAGAGAGCGAAACUUGUAGCCUUUAGCCUCUGCAGUCAGUCACUCAUUCAUCUACUGUAGCACACAGAAAAAGAAAUGAGGAGGAGUGUGGAGGAGGAGGAGGAGAGCUCGGUCGACUCAUGCUGCAUCAAAGUUGUCUUUCAUUCAAAGUCUCACCUACAUACUUUGAUCCUCCAAGUUCCAACACCAACAACAGUCGUGAGGAAAAAACAUCAAUAAGUGCAGCGAGAAAAAGGAGGAUAACAGAGAUGUAAUCUUUGUUUUUAAUCUUUCAUCAAUGUCUCAGCGCGGAUUGAAGAGGAAACUUCUAUCUACGGAGCGUUUAUUCAUUUAAGUAGACAUGCACAGGAAGUCUAGAAAAACAGAGUACGAUUCUGAAUGCGGCGUGUGUGUCUGUGGGCAUUAACUUGAAUGAGCGCAUUUACCUGAGGCCAUCAGUUAAGUUAUUCCAUUAAAGUAGCAGCAGCCACUCUACAGGAGGAUCAAUACCCAAGCAUGUCUUAUUCAACACUGAAUUGAGGAUGCUGUGUGCCGACACCUUAAUAUUGAUGGGUAAUAAACACAGACUGGAUUAGUGGAAAGAGCUGAAGCACUAAAAAAAAAGACACAUUUUCCUUCUUACCUUCCUGUUCAGGGCAGGCUGAGGAUUGUGGAUUGAGACGUAGGGAUUUUUUCAGUCUUUUUAAAAACAUUGUCCCGUGUCUAAAAAUACUUGUUUCUAAUCACAUCUUGUUUAAUGGCGCGGCAGAUUAAUAUUAACUCACCUUAUUGCUCGAGAAAUAUUGUAUAACACUAUCUAUUCCGCUUUUGAUUACAAUCCUGUUUCUUAGGUUAUUUUUAGAGGAGAAUUUAUUAACACUGCAUCAGUUCAAUAAGCUCUGUAGUGACAGGAAACCUAAAAAGCCUGUUGUUCUUUGUCUAAAUAAUUCAUGUCAAACAGUUAUUUGGCCCUUUGCUUAACUGCAGUAUUUUGGCCCCUGGCUCUUUAAAGCUGCAGAAUUACAAAGCAGGUUAAAAAGAGACUUGAACUGGUGAGAUUUAAUUAUAAGGAUAAAGUGGAGAGUGUUGGUAACUCACGCAACUCAUGGAAAGGGGUUUGGUCAGUGAUAGGAAUGCAAGGAAAGAAAAGUCAUACUGUAUAUCCCCAGAGUGGAAAGCCUGUCAGAGUACUUUCCAGUGAACUGAGAUUUAGAUGGUUAAAUAAACUCCAGGUUGGCUUAAUUUUCUCUGUAAAUUUAAUGCAGGCCUUCAAAUAAGAAAUAAAAAUAAAGUUAUUUUGUUAAAAUAAUAAAUAAAAAUAAAGUUAUUUUGUCAAAAUAAUAAAUAAAAAUAAAGUUAUUUUGUUAAAAUAAGAAAUAAAAAUAAAGUUUUUUUGUUAAAGGUGAGGAAGGCAGGAUCUGAUGAAGUGCCAGUUUUUGGGAGAAAUCUUGAAUGUAAACUCUACCCCUCCCAACCAGUUUUCCCCUCAGCUCCUCCUCUCCCCUCCCUCUCUGCUCCAGCAAGCCCCGCCCACAAACAGACGCUCGUAUCGUUCCAGUUAAAUUCAUAUAUAAUGCAGAUAAAUACUUUAGAUAAUUACAAAUGGGGCCCAGUCAACGUGAAAGUAAAAAGCAUUGGUGCUACUGUAGAUGCCAACAGACUACCAGUAAACACAAUGGUUGGUUUCUACUGUCUGAUAUUGUAGCACGCUAACUUUGUUUGGGCUCGUGAACAACACGGGGGAGCAGCAUCUGCCUCACAACCAGUCAGGUUAGGGGAGGCGGAGAAUGGCUUUGUUUACAGUCAGAAAGAGCGAGCGGUUUAAAAAAUUUAAAAUGUUGACUACACAGACAUCACAAAACACAGCGAUUUGGUUAUAUUACCAAAUGUCAUCAAUAAUUAAUAGCUAUUGACUGAUAUUAAAAGCUUUUUUGUAUAUACACCACAAAAAAAAAGAUGCUUCUUUAACAAAAGCCUGCCUACCCAACCUUUAAAUAAAAAUAAGAAAUAAAAAUAAAGUUAUUUUGUUAAAAUAAAAAUAAUAAUAAAAAAUAAAAAUGAAAAAACAAGAUUUGACUAAAAAUAAUCAAGUAAGGUGUUUCUCUGAUAAACAGGAUUUUCCUAUAUUUAGGGGAAAAAAGGGACUAGAACACAUCCAGUUGAGUUUUCAUCUCCAUGACUUAUCAGCUAAGCAUAUAUUCAUGCAUUUUUGGAGUGUGGUAUGCUUUAUAAAGGAUGUGAAAGCUGAGUCAUAGCGUGCAUUGAACAAGAGGCAGAUCUGGAGCUAACACAUGUACACAAACACAUUCACACUCAAAUUUACACCUACAGGCAAUUUAGAGCAUCCAGCUUACUUUAAUCUCCUGGAAACCCUGGCAGACUUGUGGUGCAACAUGCAAACUGCUCACAAAUGAGCUGUAAUGGUGAGCAAUUUUCACACCUCCUCUCACGGGACGAAUAUUAUUGGAGGAAAUCAGCAUCCAAAUUGAGGUUUCAGACCACUAUCAAGGACUUACAAAUGUGAACGUAGUGCCAGCUAAUGCCGCACAUAUCAUUUUUAUGCGACAAGGAGAUGAUUUCCUCCAGAAUGAUUUUGGGGCUUCAUUGUUAGCUUUGCGUAGAUGAACGUACCCUCCUGUGAGUGUGGUUGAGGAUGAAGCAGUCUGGGAGACUAAACAAUAAUCAGGGAGCUUUGUUGGGGAAUGUGCCUCGGGUGAAGAAGCUAAUACUCACUGAGGACCAAUGGAGAUUUGGAGUUGCUGAGAAAGCUAAUUACUCUAAUAAUUAUUCUGGGCAUGUGUAAGUGUGUGUGUGUUUAUGUGUGAGUGUGUGUCUGUCUGUGUGUGGGAGAUUAAUCAUCAUAGUCAGUGUUAUCCAUCUCUCAGCAACUCAGAUGUGUCAGAUUAUUAUCACACAUGCACAUGAUGAACAUACAAAUAGUACAAAGACUUGAUUUGUGUAAUAUCUUUUUUUUUGGUGAUGUUCUUAUUGAAAAAGAACCUGUUUUAUGAAUAAUAUAUGUGGCUUUUUAAAUUGGGCCACCCUAGCUUUGACAGGCAGCACACUGACAAGGUUAGAGGCUCCAUUUCCUCUUAUGUUCAAAGGGUCAAGCAUUGCAGACACUCUGCUGAGACUAUUAUAACUAAAGCAUGAGUUAGCAGGAAAGACAUACUGUUCUCUUUCUCUUUUGUUCCCACACAAAGAAAGAGCAAAUCAAGCAAGAGGGUUUGACUGAACGACCAUAAUGAGCCCAGUGAUCAUUAAGCAACACGUACUAGAUGCUGCAGCAGUCCAGGACAAAAAAAAAACAAAAACUCUUAGAUGGAAACAAAACUUCACAUGAACGCAUUGAGAGGAUUACGGGAGAAGUUUGAAAACAGCUCAGCCCAAGAUUUAAAAACUUUGAACUUUGCACUGGAAUCAACGUAGUCAUAAAACAAACCUGUUAUAACCUCUAUUAAAGGGAUAUUCCGACAUAAAAUUAAACACACCGUAACACCGAGUGAGACAACCUCCUCGAGAGAUGAAUGUUGCCAACCGCUUGCUACUCAAGUUAUACCAACUUUAGUAACGAACGCACAAUAGCAAUACACAGCGGUCUGAGGAGCCAUAAACAAACCUCAACCAAAACACCACUCUAUAGCCACAAAUAAUAAUAAUAAUAAUAAUAAUGCAUCAGAUUUCAUAUAGCGCUUUAUCAGAGACCCUCAAAGCGCUUUACAUUGGAUACAUCAUUCAUUCGCUCACACAGUCACACUUUGGCUCAGAACAGCACCUAACUUCAUCAACAGUACAUAUAGGGUCCCAGCCAUAUUCCUAGCUACCAAACAUCUUUUUAACUUUGCCUGAUUUCUUUAGCAAAGAGACUAAACACAACUCACCCACUCUCAUCCAGCAGCCACUUGUUUGUAGCGAGACCUUGGGCCAGUCCAUUACGAACUGCUGCGGGGUGACACAGCUCAAGGAAGAACACUUAUGAUCAUUCCUUAAUAUUUUUCUUGAAGUAAUAAUCACCAUAUUAAUCACUUUGCACUGCAGACGCGGUAGUUCUUCUGCCGUAGCAUCUUUGUCUGAUUGCAUUUCCAUGAAGAAAUGCUCGUAAAUGUUCUUCCUUGAGCUGCGUCACCCCGCUGCAGUCUGUAAUGGACUCGCCUGAUAUCUCCGUACAAACAAGCGGCUGCUGGAAGAGAGUAAGUGAGUUGUGUUUAGUGUCUUUGCUAAAGAAAUCAGGCAAAGCUAAACAGAUGUUUGGUGGCUAGUGCUAUGCUAUGAAGUUAGGUGCUGUUCUUAUUGUAGCUAUAGAGUGGCGUUUUGGUUGAGGUUUGUUUAUGACUCCUCAGACCGCUGUGUAUUGCUGUUGUGCGGUCGUUACUAAAGUUGGUAUAACUAGAGAAGCAAGUGGUCGGCAACAUUCAUCUCCCAAGGGGGUUUCUAACUCUGUGUCACAGUGUGUUUGUCCCUAAAUUAAUUUUACGCCGAAAUAUCCCUGUAAGCUGCUUCCUGGAGGCACAAAGAAAACUUGUUGGUCUGUUUCAAGGCAGAGGUUGUUGCUAACUUCAGGGGCCACUGAAACCCAUCAAGCAGCAAGCAAAACACUGAAAUCUGGCAUGAGUCUAAAGAAGUUGCAGGCUGUAUUACUUUCGCACACACAGCCCUAACUGUACAUCCUCGUUAUUUCCUACAGCUAUAACACUUGUCUCUCUCCUGUCACACUGCUCUAGAACCUGAGUUAACUUUCCCUCCUGCUUUCUUACCUGCUCCUACAGCCACAAAUAGGCACAAAGUCAUUCCCAUUCAAUACAGCUCAGCUCCUCGCAUAAAUAUAUUUGUUUUUAUGGUUCUUUUGAAGAGCAUACAUAAACAAAUCACUGUAAUCAGAGCAUUGGAUUAAAACAUAAUUGCCUGAAUGUGUUUGGACUUGUAUCCCUGAUAUUACAGGCUUUAGGUUCAGUUUUAGCUGCCAAAUUGCACAUUGUACUUGAUGUAUAAAAACUCUGUAAAUAAAUGAGAAAGUUUGCAGCUGAUCAAGGCUUAGGAAGUACGCUUUUAUGAGCUCCACAACAUCAAAGUAAAGAAAAAUAUCAUGACUUCUUCUUUCCGCAAGUCCAGGCCCUCAGCCUUGAUCUUGAGGUAAGAAACCACCUGCUGGCAGCUUCCCUGCCUAGAAAUAUGUAGAGAUCUCCUAGAUAAUUUAAGAGUUGGGAGUAUUCUCAAGGCAUAAAUAUAUAGCACUGCAUAACUUAUCUCCAACCUAUAAAUAGAAGUAGCUUUGCUUUGCUGGAAUUUCACACACAGCAAAGUCCAAACUUUCCCUUGAAGCUGUUAUAUGCCUAAAACCCUGAUUAGCUCUAAGACUGCAGCACAAUAGUGGCAAUGGUUGUGGUACAAUUUGUUCUGUUCAGACCUCUCCAAGUGUAGGAGUCUAAAAUCUAAUGAAUCACAUGUAGUGGGAGGCUACACGCUGAUAAUUACCACAGUGUUCACCUUCUCUUAUUUGUGUCUUUUUUUUCUGUGCAGUUGAUUUUAUAGGAGGGUUUGACUCAUAUGGUUACCAGGGGCCUCAGAAGACAUCCCACCUUCAAUUACAGCCCAUGUACAUGUAAGUAUGGUUGGCCAAUACUGGCUUUAUUAUGGUUUGUUUGGUGACCUGUGCUUCAAAGUUACAAAACUCAACAAUGAAAAACACAGCCUUGUUUCCAUAACAAAGGAGGACAUGUUGAGUUAAUUCAAAAGAUAUCGCUGCUUUAUCGGUGUAGAAAGAUGAAACAUUAGAUCUUUGGAUCAAUAACCAAAGAAGAGCAAAUAUAGAGUCUAGUCCCAGUAAUGACCCCUGAGCGACUCUUUACGUAUGAAGUCCGGAGGAGGAACUAUGCUCGCGAAAUUGACUAAAAACAGUCUUGAUAUGUUUACCUACAAAGUCAGACAAAGUAUAGCCUCGAGCCUAAAACAUACAGGAUCCGUGUUGAGUGAGUUUCAUCAGUGUCUCGUCUUUGCUCUGUUGAGCAGCGCUUUUCAUCGCCCACAGGAUACAUGUUUGGAGCCCCGGUCAGCUGGGCUCAGUAUAGAGGAAACAACAUGCUCACAACAGGUUGCUUUGUCUUUCUGUGGUCUAUUUCCUGCUAACUUGGAUAUACUUCUGCGACUGUUGAGCUUCAACUGUAUGUGAAACAGCAACAUGGUUUUAAAUGUUCAGUUUUUGCAGGUUUACUCAUGUUUAGUAAAGGAAACUAUGUGUGUUUAUGCUGUGCUGUUACCUUCAGACAGAGUUAGAAGCUAAAAGUCCUGUCGGGGUCCACAUGGAUCAGGGAUUGACCAUCAGAUUGUUCUGUGUUACUGAUAAAUCCAUAACCAGGAAGUAUUUCUCACCUGCACACACCGAUAAAUAGUUGAGAGUCCGCACAUGGUGUUUUAUUUUGAAAUUUACCGGACAACAUGCAUGUUUUCUGUGCUUGACAUCCUGUCUAGGACGAUCUUCUCUGUAUGGAUGGAUGCGUGUUGGAAGCGCAGAGCAGCGAAAAUAGACUUGGCUCGCAUCUUUAGCAGAGCAGUGCUUGAUACGCUUUUGGGGCGGAGCUAAGACAGAACAGAGAUACUUUCCCACUCAACGUGGAUCCUGUGGGUUUUAGGCUUAAAGGGAUAUUCCGGCGUAAAAUUAAUUUAGGGUCAAACACACCGUAACACCGAGUUAGACCCCCCCUCGAGAGAUAAAUGUUGCCGACUGCUUGCUUCUCUAGUCACACCAACUUGAGUAACGACCGCAGAGAAAUGAUCAUAAAUGUUCAUCCUUGAGCUGUGUAACCCCACUGUAGUUCAUAAUGGACUGGCUUGAGGUCUCGCUACAAACAAGCGGCUGCUGGAAGAGAGUGGGUGAGUUGUGCUUAGUCUCUUUGCUAGAGAAAUUAGGCAAAGUUCAAAAGAUGUUUGGUGGCUAUAGAGUGGCUUUUUGGUUGAGGUUUGUGUGUGGCUCCUUAGACCUCUGUGUAUUGCUAUUGUGUGGUCGUUACUAUAGUUAGUACAUCUAGAGAAGCAAGCGGUCUGCAACAUUCAUCUCUUGACGGGAUGUCUAACUCGGUGUUACGGUGUGUUUGACCCUUAAUUGAUUUUACACUGGAAUAUCCCUUUAAGCCUUCCUAUAUACUUUCUACUGCAAAGAUGACAGUGAGUCAUAUGGCUAAUGGAAAAAUGAGAUUUCUCAGUAGACUCAAAAAUUACACAUUUGUCCACAGGGGGCGCCAAAAUCAACACAACUUAAAGUUCCUCAGAGGACCUUAAAAUGUGAGAUUGAGCUACACUGCCUACAUUGCAUUCAAACCAAUACACUUAAGACCCCCAGGCUUGACAGGUCACAUCAGCUUAAACUGUACCUCACCAUCAGCAGGGUGUUGUGUUAAGAGGACAGUUUUUAUUGGUUUGAUGUAUUGAGUUCUGCAGGGGCGACAAUUUGAGCACUUUUUUGGCUGUAUCAGCAUAAGGGCUUGCAUUUGUCAGCCCAAGGUGUCAUCUGUUAUCACAAAUGUAGAGCUUUUAUCACUUCCCUCUCAAGUGGGAAAUAAAGGUGUUAAAACAAACUGUUACAUCCUUGAUGUCAUCCUUGCAGAAGCUGCGUUUCAUACUUAGCUUAUUUACCCUCGUCUUCUAAUAAAGGGCAUCACAUAGAUUAACUAGAUUGAAAUAUAUUUGGCCAUUUCUUUUGCUGGUAAGAUUUUCACUGUUGGGUAUUUUGAGGCCACGAACAAUGAUACCAGUUUAAUUUGAGCCUCUCAGCUAUUCUUAGAUUGUUAGGGUGAAUCUAAGUUGAGGUCCAGACAGCCCCGCAUCAAUCUCACUGUAUCAGGUUGUAUCGUAGAAAACACCAAGCAAUACAGGGGUAACUGCACCACGGUAGCAAACAACAAUCCAGAGAAAUGGUACACUGAUGUGCAGCAGACAGGUGAUCAAUAACUUGUUUUUUAUUAGAGAAAAGAGCCUGAGCAAUUUAGAAAGAGAAGGAUACAGACGUUCGGAGAGAAGGAAUGAGGAGGAGGAAUCCAAAUCAAGAUGGGCAAGAGAUGAGUAGGAUGAAAGGGAGAAAGGGACAGGAGAAGAAAGGGAAGGUGGGUUAAUGGAUGAAACUCAGACCUACACAAAAAAGGAAGCAAUAAAGGGCUAUUCAGUGGUUUUAUAUGUCCCCUGUGGAAGUCAUAACACAGAUCAUAAAUCAUCAACCUCUGGAGAUAAUAGCUGCAAAACAAAUACACUCACACUUGUAGCGUGACCACACACAAAGUGACGCAUACAUUUAAAAACACACACAAACUCAUAAAUGCUGCGGACUGUGCACCUGAAUAUCCAUACACACACUGUAAAUGUGCUGAUAGGCGGCUUCUGCUGCUAAAUGAACGUACACACAUACACAUGUACAUGCACACGCAUCAUCAAUAUGCUAUUAUUGUUCCCCAGCUGUUGUCCCCUCACUUCAGUGUUUAUUGGCUGUAGCCGGAGGGACCAAUAAAAAAAACCAUCAGCUGUACUAUCACAGUGGAUAUCUCUCUGCGUGUUUACACAAGACCACACACAGACACACACACGCACGCACACAUGCAUGCUUACAUACAAAUAGCAUCAAAAACAUCUCUACAUUAGAUUAUUGUGUGCCCCCUAAAGCAUCUGUUCCUCCAUGUUUAUUGAUUUGAGUGAGAUGAAAUCAAGUCAACUUACGCUGUAGCAACCAUAGACUGUAUAUAGAAUGGACGCCAUCUGCCUCCUCGCUGAGUGAAGCCACUCCAAGAACAGCACACUCUUGUGACGGGCUGCAGUAUAGGUCAUAAAUCCCGCCUCCUCUAGCAAAGUUUAUGGAGCCGUGGACAAACUUAAACAAUCAAUUACACAGAAUUUAAAUUUUUCUCCCCCCCUGCUUGUCAUGUUGACAUGUAGUUACUGUAAAUGUCCUUACACACCAGGAACGGCGCAGAUAUACGGGGGUGAAAAAAGACGCGUCCCGAGUAGAAGCGAGAAGACUGACACAACAGCAGACUGACUGUUUUUCAGUUCUGAUUAGACACUAGUGUUGAGAUGGCUGUCUGUCAUGAUAGCAUGUACUGAGUCAGGGCCAGUACCAGAUAAGAACAUUAUACUAUAAUCCAUAAACGUAAGGUAACAACCGAGACCUAAUGGUGCUGUGACAGCAACGCGAUUGAGUUUGAGACAGUGAAAAUACAUAUGGUAUGUUGUAUCUGAACAGGUUAGCUUACAAGCUAAAGUUACUUAGCACAGAUGAAAGUUAAAACAAAGAUGUUUCGCAAACUGUUAAAGCACACAAACUAUCGUCAUAUGAGAAAUCCAACGCUAUGACUCUCCACAAGUUGUGCUUCAGGUCGUUUUCUUUGUAAUGUUUGUGUCUUUUAUCAAAAAGCUCUCUGUUCUCUGACACGUAAACAAUCAGCCAGUCGGCCAUAUUGGAUAUACUGGUGAAUUUGACGUCACAACAACACGAAAUCUGAUUGGUUAGAAGUGGACACACAGUAUGCCAAACUUUAGAAAAUUCGACCAUGAUCCGAAAAAAUAAAUGCAGCAAUAUCGCAGGACGGGAAAAUGUCACUGAUGUGAACGCUUGUAAUGACAGGAUACAGGUUAGAAAAAAAAUAUUGACGAUUGAUAAUUGCACGAAAAAAUGCUCCUGGUGUGUAAGGACCUUUAGACUGUUUUGUGCUUAAGUCCUAUUUUUUCUGUACAGCUCCAGGUUCAUGUUUUCUAUGAUUGACACUUGAUACAGCCUAUGGGUGUACGAAGAUUGCAUAGCUCACCCAGGGGAUAAGCUGUUUGAACCGAGCGUCAUCAAAGCGACUCGGGGACUCUCCCACCAAAUGCGCACAACGCUACUGCGCAAUGUUGGUUUCAGGAAAUGGAGAAAAAUUGUGGAAAUACCAAGAGCUUUUCGGCUUCAAAUCCGUAUACUGGCGGAAGGUGUAACCAAGUUGUCCAUAGUAUAUACAGUCUAUGGUAGCAACAAAAAGGAUUUUUUUAAAGUAUAUUUUUAACCCUUUAUUUAUGAAAGUAUAAAUAUGUUAUUUCUUAACCUACAGGUUACAUAAUCACUACUUCAAUCGCUGUGAUAGAAAUCCAACAUUGGCAGCAAUCUUAGUAUUUUGGGGUAAAGUGGGCCUGUGUAGAUGCUAACUGCCGUUUGAGAGUCAUGAUCUUCUAAUGAAUACACACAGCAACAGUUCCUGGUGUCCUCAUCAAGUGGCAUUUUGUUGUUCAGUUUAUUUACCAGAGGAAUCACUUUGUCAAGGACACUUUCCAUGAAGAUGCGCCACUUUAUUAUUUCAUCAUCAACCUCUUAACCUUCACUGUGCUGAAGCAGCUUUAAAGUUACAUCAAACACACUCUGCAUACUUAAAAUCAGUGUGAUGAAGCUGUAUCUGUGUGUACAGAGGCAAUGCUGCUACUCAAGGUUGUUACCAUUCAUAGAUAAAUGUUUAUUCUUCAAGAACAUUUACCGUUUAAUCAAUACAAAAGCAACUGAAAGAGAUUCAGUCUGUGUUUUUGAUAACCUUCUCCUCUCUUCUCCUCUUUUCUCCUCCAGGCCAAAAUAA